GGCUCCUCCGCCUCCCGGGCCGGCCUGGGCGGUUGUGCGCAGGCGCGCCUGGCCCCGCCCCCUCCCGCGCGCUCUCUCGGCGCCGCCAUUUUGAGCUGAGGGGAGGCCGCGGAGAAGCCAGUCCCGGCCGAGGGAGAGCGAGGGAGGCCGGCCGGCCCAGGAGGCGCCCGGGACACCCUCCGCCCCCGCCCGCCCCAGGUAAGGCCUCCAGGGAGAGCGGCCUCCUCCGCCCCCGCCUCCCCGCCCGGCAAGGGGGCCUCCUCCUCCUCCUCCCCCUCAGGUAGACUGCGCCUGGGCCGGGAGGCGCCACCGAGCGGCUCUCCGGUGCGCGUCCCGGGGAAGAGCUCGCCUCCCGAGCCCCGCGGAGCCGGCGGCGGGGGGCUGGGGGUGGGGGGUGUCCAGGCCCCGGGCUGCUUCUCCUGGGGAAGGGCCGGGCUGCCAGCUGCCCUGAGGGGCUCCCCCCUCCCGGGCCCCGUCGCCUUCCCCCGGCGAGCCAGGCUGCGGCCCCGGGGAGAAGAAGAGGAGGAAAUUCUGGCCAGAAAUCUAGGAAAGAGAGGACGCUGUCCAGAGAAAUGCUUAAAAGAUCAAACAACAACAUGAACACAAAUCUCCUGACAGACUCGGAUUGAAUCUUGAAGUUGAAGGAAAUUAUAAAGUAAUUUUUUUCCGGAUAUCUAACUGAAAAGAAUAAUAAAAAUGAAGUGCGUAUAGACUAGUAAGGUAUAAAAAGCACAGUCAGGUGAAUCGGAAGUUAAUGGUAUGUAAUGUCAAAUGAGGUGGUGUUAGUCAGGGUCUGUGGUCUGUUUAUGUUGUUUUUCGUCGUGUUUGUGUUCUAUGUAAAUUGUUCUGUAAUAAAGAAACUAAAAAAAGGGAGAAGACUGCGUCCCCGCUUCUUAUAGAAAGCAGGUGGAGGUGUGUCGGUGCAGGAUCAGGGCUUGGAGGCAGCUGGGGGGGCAGGAGCAGGAUGCCCGGAAGAGGCUUCCCCUGCCCAGAAACAUGGUCCCUGGCCUGAUCCGGAUGAAGCCCUGCUUGCCUUCAAAGGGGCAACUGCAUGGCGGCGGGGGGGGGGGGGGUGUUGUUCCUCAACCCACCUUUGCCCUUCAAGGUCCAGGCGGCUUCUGUGGCUAGGAGCAUCUCUCUUCCCACCCAGCUAUGGCCAGUUUGCCAGCCGGAGCUGAUCCUGAACUGGGGCAGUAGAGCCAUGGUUCUGCCUGCUCUGCCAGUCUCCAGUCCAGCGGUCCCAAAAUCCAGCACCCCAGAAACUCCACGCCCAAUGUGACUGAACUGGUCAUUCUCCCCUAGAUGCCCCCUGGGUUCUGCUCACCUCCCAGGUCAGCCUUGGGCUCUGUGCAUAGGGCACCCAUGGGAGGUGGUCGGGGUGCUUGGUUUGAUGUGGCCAGUGCCGGAUUCUGCUGCUGUGAGGGCUGCCUGGCACCUCAGGGACACAGCACCUGCUUUGGCUGCCGAGGGGGCUGCGUUGUAUGGACAACUUGGGAUGUAGGCAUCUGUGAGAAGGCUCACCUUCGGCAGAGGUAGUCCUGGUAAACCUUGGACUAGCCCUACAGAUGUAAGAGGCUGUGGAAGAUCAUGAACCCAUGCAUGAUGUGGAGAAAGUGGAUAGAGGAGAGUUUUGUCCUCUCAACACUAGAAUGGAGCGAUAGCUCAGAGUAUGAGACUCUGAACCGCAGGGUCAUGGGUUUGAGCCCCACAUCAGGCAAAAGAUUCCUGCACUGCAGAGGGUUAGACUAGAUGAUCCUCUUGGUUCCUACCAACUCUUUGAUUUCUAUAAUCCUGGACAUCCAAUAAAGCUAAAUAUUUGGAAGAGUCUGGACAUGCUCCCCUCAGAGAGGCUCACUUGGUGCCUUCGUUACAAUAUCUUUAGGUGCCAGGUAAAAAUGUUUCUCUUCAACCAGGCCUUUGGUUGAUUAACAUUCUAUGUCCUUUUAAAUUGGUUUGUGAGGGGGGUGGUUAUUAGUCUGUUUUUGUUUUGUAAUGUGUUUUGUGUUCUCGGUUUGUAUUUUUAUGUUGCGAACCACCCUGUACUAUUCACAUGAAAGGUGGUAUAAAAAUUUAAUAAGUAAAUAGAUAAUCAAAAGAUAAAAUGCUUAAUCAGGCAGCAUCUAGUUAAAACUCUGGAACUCACUCCCACAGGAGGCAAUGAUGGCCAGCGACCUAGAGGGCUUUGGAACUGAAUCCACCUUGGCUGCCCUCUCAGGAGAGGUACUGGGGAGGGGAGUGUGAUCCUGUUGUUCUUUUGAUACCAUUGGCCAUCAGGUUGCAUGGACUGAGUGCUCCUUAGCCCUUUCGCUUUUGAGCUGUGGGAUACCGCAUGGCCCUAGACGGUCUCCAGUGCUGUUUAACAUCUGUAUGAAGGAAUUGAGAGUGGUCAUUAGGAGUUUUGGAGCAAGGUGUUGUGAGUUUGUGAUGGUACCCAACUCUCUUUCUCUGUAACAUCUGAAUUGGGAAUGGCUGGGUAGGUGGGCUGGAUGAGGGCUAAUAAGCUGUGCCUGAAGCCUGUCAUAGGGGAGCUCUGGGUGAAUCAUUCCCGCGUUUGGGAAGUCUGCAGUUGCUUGUCCUGGAUGGGGUCACGCUGUCCCAGAAGCAGCAAGUGCGCAGUAGGACUGUUCAUGGAUCCCGCUCUCUUGCUGGAGGUGCACAUGUUCUGGCAGCUAGGAGGGCGUUUUUCUGACCUUGGUUGGUAUGACAGCUGUGGACGUUCUUGGACCAGGGUAGCUUAACCACAUUUGUUGGUACAUUGGCAACCUCAUGGUUUGAUUACCGCAAUGCGCUCUGUGGGGCUGCCCUUGGGGUUGGUUUGCAGGCCGAAGCUGGUUCAGAAUGUAGCAGGCUUUCCUGAGAGGGAAAACGACUGUCAGCAAAGAACACCUGGCUUGGCACUGGGCCAAAAUCAAGGUGUUGGGCUAACAUAGAAGACCCUGUGCAGCUCAGGACCAGGUUGCCUGAGAAACCACCCUUUGUCUUAUGCACCCAGUAGGUCACUGUGGCCUGUAGGAAAGAUUCUCCUGCAAGUUCCAAAAAUCUCAAAAGUCCUCUCUGUAAUAACUCGGAGCAGAGCCCCUGUUCUGUGGAAUAGCAUUCUUGCUGAGAUCUGACAGGUGCCCGCUGUCUGCAUUUUCUGGAAACAAUUGAAAUGAAGACAUUUCUGUCCUGGUAUGCUUUCCCCGCUGGCUGAAUGGGCCUUUACCAGGAGUGGCUAUUCUGUAGUGCUUUAUUCAUGCUUCAAAUGUAUCUGCUGCUGCUACUAGUAUCUGUUACUAACUGUAUUUUGCUGUUUUUAUUGUACGUUGGCUUGAGACGAUGGUGCAGAAGGAAAUUAAUAAAUUACUGAUGAUAGAGGUGUGUAAAAUUAUGCAUGUGGAUAAACUGGGGCCUCCCACAAAGCUGAAUGGGAAGAUUCAGGACAGGCAAAAUAAAGUUCUUCACGCAAUGCAUAGUGAAACUGGGGAAUUUGCUCCCAGAAGAUGCCAUGAUGAGCAGCAACUUGGAUGGCUUUAAGAGAGGAUUCUGGAAGGAGAACAAGGCUCCCCAUGGCUCCUAGCCACGCUGGCUGUCUUCUCCACUGCUAGUGGCAUCCAAUGCCUCUGAAUACUCAUGCAUAAAUCAGCGCAUGGGGUAGAGAAAAGGGAUGGACGGUCUGUCUCCAUCUUGCAAUAUGUAGUGACAGCCACUAGCCAGGAUGGUUUUAAUGGGAUCCAAUUUGCAGUUGCCUAGGGAUUGUCGGAGCACAAAAGGUGGUGGUCCUGUCCCCCACCAGAACUGGUGCUGAGUGUCCAACCAGUGUCUGCCCACAGCAACCCAACUCUAAUGGGAAUAUUGAACGAGAUGUUUCGCUUUCCUCCCAUUUCCUGUUUAAGUGUUGAAGUUUCUUUUCCUUCCAUCUCUUCCCCCUCUCCAGCCAGCCCUCCUUCCCCUCUACAUCUGCAAGGGCUCCCUUGCCUCCCAUCUGUUCUUCCUCUUUCCUAACUUUCUCUGUUGUAACUUCCGUUCCAUUCAUCUACUGCUGACUCUCGCACAGGGUUUGUUUGGUUUUUUUUUAAAUAAUAUUUAUUGAUAAUUUCAGAAUUACAAGAAAAAUAAAAAAAUAGAAAACAACACUACAAUACAAAAAAAAGAAAAAGAAGACAAUAAAAAAAGGGAACAGCACAAAAUGUGAAAACCAAUAUGACAAUACAGCAAUAAAAAAGUAAAAAAGAAGAAAAAAGAGAAAAAACCCACAAAUCCCAAAUUGCAUAUCCAUAAUUUCCAUUUGCAUUGACCUCACACCUCCGUUUUUGUAUUCUAUUUUUUUUAUAAGAUAUUUAUUGAGAUUUUCAAAAUAUUACAAUAUAAAAAUGAAAAAGAAAAAGAAAAUACAAAAUAAAAAUGAUUAAAAACCACUCAGUUUUUCCAUUACUUAUUUUUCCUAAGCUUGUUUCCCGGACCUCCUCAUACCUCCCUUUUUUGUAUUCCAGUUCAAUUUGUUGGUUCAGCAAAUCCUUACCCUCUUUGUUUAUCCUAAACUUUGGUCUUAAAAUAGUAACGUUAGAUUUUUACCUAUUAAUGACCCAUUUUUCAUAUUCCCUUAUAGCAUUACAGCUGGAAACCACUUAAUUUCUAUCCAACAUCAUUCUAACAUUCAUUAAUUUUACAAUAUUUCUGUAGAUAGUCUUUGAAUUUCUUCCAAUCUUCUUCCACCGACUCUUCUCCCUGGUCUCGGAUUCUGCCAGUCAUUUCUGCCAGUUCCAUAUAGUCCAUCACCUUCAUCUGCCAUUCUUCCAAUACUUUGCAAUGAGUAUUCUUGCUGCUGUUGUAGCAUACAUUAAAAAAAUUCUGUCCUUCUUUGGCACCAAUUGGCCGACAAUGCCGUUUUUGUAUUCUAGUUUAGUAAUUAUUUCAGCAAAUUCUUUCCAUCUUUCUCUAUUUUUGUUAUAAAAUUUAUCUUAACAAUUUAACCUAAUAAUUAACUCAACAAAUCCUUACCAUCUUUCCCCAUAUUCUAUUAUUCAGAUUACCUUAAUUUAUUUAACCUUAUCUUACCCCUAAGUGCCUUAAAACUUAAAUCUUAAAUUUCAAAUAUACAUAACUCCUAAUAUCAUUUCUGCUAGAGUCGUAUAGUUUCAUUCCCACAUUUUCCCUAAUAUUCAUUAGCUAAUUCUAAAAUAAAAAAGUUUCCAUUAUAAAUUCUCUUCCAAUCAUCAUCCAGUGUCUCUUCUUCCUGGUCUCGGGUCAUGUCAGUCCUUAUUGUCCUUAUUGUCCAUUCUGUCUAGUCCAUCAACCUGGAAGCCUUAUGUCCGAGGCCCUUAAAUCUCUUCCAUGUCCCUUCUGCAAUUCUUCUUCAUCUUGUUUGUGCUUGCCCUUUUCCUUGUCUCUUGUUGGUCUCUGUCUUAGUUUCUUUCCUUUCUCAUUGAGGAGUAGGUCUCUGGGGAUUCCAACCCAAAAUUGUCUCCAUCACCCUUCAUCCAGCUCACCCAUUCCCCACAGUCCCACUCCCCACAGUCCUCGAUGUAAUCCAAAAUAAAUUUAAAAUCAAAUUUCAGAAUCUCUCCAAAGCUAGAAGUCUCCUCAUCUCCAGACUCCCCUUGGCCCACUCCAGCGUCAAUCUUCAAUAACAGUGGCUUAUGCUCCUGUAGGGCCUCGGGUCUCUCCAUUUGUACUAUUUGGGGUGCAGCCACAUCCUCCUCCAUUGUCAACUGCACUUGCCCAGUCGGUACAGAUUGAUAGGUUGGUUCUUGGAUGAUUUCUGUAUCAAUGUUAUUAACCACAACAGUCAAAUCCAUUUUCUCAUUCAUCAAGUCCAUCUUUUCAUGCAUCUGUUGCAGCAAAGCAUUUGUCUUGCAUAGAGCAAGCACCCAGUCUUUCUCCCAGCUCAUCUUUGUUCAAGGUCGGAAAAGUCUGUUCCCACAGUCUUAAUCUCACAGAUGUUGGGUCUCAAAUAUGCUGCAACAAUUUAGCAAGCUCCCUCUAAAGGAGACAAUCUACUUGUAGCCAUUUUUUUUUAAAAGACAAAGGAAAGUUACUUUCAUUUUUCAGAUAUUUCAGAUGUUUUUCUGAUAUUUUGUUUCUUUAAGAUGCAAAAGGCAACAUUAGAAUCAACUUGUUUCUUUUCAUUAGCUAUCUGUCAAAGUGUUACGUUCACCGUUAAUGAACCUCAGCAACAGUUUCUGUCUCUGACACCCCGUUCCCAGGUUAGAGACGAUGGAAACUUAUCCUUCUUCACUCCCUCUCCUGCUAGGUUAAACAGAGUCCCCCCCCCCUUUUCUCCUGCUUCCAAGGGGGGUUUCAGUGGUUCUAAAUGAAGGAAAUUUAAUCCUUUUUUGACAGCUUCCCGGCUUUAGCUUGCAAAAUCCUGGCUUUAGUCUAUAUACAAAGAAACGGAAGGCGGACUUCCUGUUUACACCUUCCCGCUUCGAUACCAAAUUAAAACAAUUUCUUGAUCCAAUUUUCCGUUUCUACUCACGGGUACUUGUUUUAAGUCCAAUUGUCCACAGGAAAAGUCAGCGCUCUCUGGCAAUGGCUGUGCGGCUUCACUCCGUGAAAGUAGCAGUCAGUUCGUAGCACCAGCGCUUCUCACCCCACUUCGCUCCGGAGCCCCUAGAUGGGAUUCCCCGCGAGUAGGGGGGCGCUUCUGGUGCCCUGCCGAACCCCACGUUCCCAGGCUUCCUCCGCCUGGGAUUUCUAGCGGGUCCCCACCUUCGCCGCGGUGGGAAGACCCAGUUUUCACAGAGCCCGUUCCUCCUGUUGGAGGAACUCCGCCAUUCACCAAUGGCGCUGACCCGGAAGUCUCUCUCUCGCACAGGGUUUGGCCAGUGUUAGAAGCGCAGAUGUAUAACUGAUCGCCAAAUGGCACUUUUCUGUCCCAGUUUCUAAUACUGAAAAGGAGCCUCUGAGGAUUCCCUUCUGCCAGUGCCUGGGCCCACGGGGGGGGGGGAGUGAAGCCCAAGGCCCUUCUUGGUCAGCCACCACCAGCUCAGACCUCAGUAGCAUCUAUGUAAUGCUAGGAUUAGCUGUGGGAGGAGCUUAUCAGAGCUUGCAGGGCAGCAGUUGAAAAAGGAGCAAAAAGGGUUUUCGUGUGUGUGUGUGUUUCUUUGUGGCUGAUUAGCUGCUCUCCCUGUGCAAAGGUCAGAGGGGGCAGGGUUUCUGUUGAGGCAGGUGAUUAGCUGUGGGAGGAGCUUAUCAGAGCUUGCAGGGCAGUUUGAUCCAUCUUUUAGAUUUCGGGGAGCUAGUCUCAAACAUUUGUUGGGGGAGACCUAGGUUUUUUUUGUGGGGGGAGUUAUUUGUCCUGUCUUCACGCUUUUUAUGAUGGAGGACUGCUGUAGCCACCCCCAACGACACGUUCUCAAGAUGGAGGGGGAGGGAACAGCUGCAGUCGCCUGCGGUUCCUGCGCAAUGUUUGCCAUCUUGCCAAAGGUUGCAGGCAGCUUUACCUGCAGCAAUUGCAUGUUGAUUGCCCUCUUAAAAGACAAAGUCCAGCAACUGGAGGAACGUGUAGCUACGCUCCAAAGAAUUAGAGAGCUGGAGCUCUUCUUGGAAGCAACAGAGCACACCGUCUCCACCAAGGAGGAGACAGGGGACUCCCCUGAGAAGAAGGAGGCUAGUUCACCAACACAGGAGCCAGAUAUAUGGAGAAACGUGACUCAAAGAAGUAGGAGGCCCAGGGUUUGCUCUGAUUGUUUAGAAAUACACAAUCGCUUUGAGGUCCUCUCCCCUAGCAUGGAAGACGAAGAGCAGACUCCAUUUGAGGAUCUCUCCCUCACUACAGUCAAUCAGGUAUAUGAAGACGAGCAGCAAAGUCAGUCCUCAGGGAAUGUGCAGGCGACCUUGGAACGGACAGCUCACGGAAGAACCCCGACCAAACCUAAGAGGAGGCGUGUAGUGGUGAUAGGGGAUUCCCUACUGAGGGGAACAGAAGCAGUGAUCUGUGGGCCUGACAAGAUGUCUCGGGAAGUGUGCUGUCUCCCCGGGGCUAAGAUCCAAGAUGUAAUUGAACGACUGCAAGGAAUCAUAAAACCCACUGACAAAUACCCCUUCCUCUUGGUUCAUGUGGGAACCAAUGACACUGCAAGCAAUAGCCUCCAGAAGAUCAAAAGAGACUACGAGGCUCUGGGCAGGAAAUUGAAGCAAUUAAAUGCACAAAUUGUCAUCUCAUCUGUCCUCCCAGUUGAACGACGUGGCCCAGGGAGAGAGGGACAAAUACUGGAAGUGAACAGCUGGCUUCGCAAAUGGUGUAAACAGGAACGGUUUGGAUUCUUAGAUCACGGACUGCAGUUUCUUGAAGAUGGACUUCUGGCAAGCGAUGGGCUGCACCUCACAACGGUUGGGAGAAAUGUUUUUGCCAGAAAUCUCAGAAAUCUCAUCAGGAGGGCUUUAAACUGACUAAUGUGGGGGAGGGAGACAGUGCUCCUGAAGGUAGGAGUCUAUCAAUUGAUGAAGAUGAUCAUCCAAAUGUCAUAGACCAAAUGGAGCAAACAGCACGCAGACCUAGUGGUGGGAGGAAAAAAUCCUUAAAUAAGAGACACGGGGAAUGAUUAAUGGACUUCAAUGUCUGUACACUAAUGCGCAAAGCAUGGGAAAUAAACAAGAUGAGCUUGAGCUCUUGGUACAGCAAACUAAAUAUGACAUAAUAGGCAUCACUGAAACCUGGUGGGAUAAGUCCCAUGAUUGGAAUGUAAUAAUGGGGGGAUACAAUCUAUUUCGGAGAAACAGACCAGACAAGAAAGGAGGAGGAGUGGCGUUAUAUGUCAGGGAUGUGUAUACCUGUGAAGAGAUCCAAGAUUUAGAACCUCAAAGCCAAAGUGAGAGCAUUUGGGUCAAAAUUAAAGGAGAGAAGAAUAACAGUGACCUCAUUGUGGGAGUUUACUAUAGAUCCCCAAGCCAAACAGAGGACAUAGAUGAUGCCUUCCUGGAACAGAUGGCCAAGCAUGCAAAAGGAAGGGAGAUAGUAGUAAUGGGGGACUUCAAUUACCCGGAUAUUUGUUGGAUGUCAAACUCAGCCAAGAGCAUAAGGUCAAACAGAUUCCUCACUGGCCUUGCAGACAACUUCAUUGUCCAGAAAGUGGGAGAAGCAACAAGAGGAACAGCCAUUUUAGAUCUGGUCCUAACCAAUGUUGAUGACCUGGUUAGUGGGGUAGAAGUGGAAGGAUCAUUAGGCGCGAGUCAUCUUUGAGAAUUCCUGGAGAACAGGCGAAGUCCCGGCAGACUGGAGGAGGGCAAAUGUUGUCCCUAUUUUCAAAAAGGGGAAAAGAGAGGACCCAAAUAAUUACCGCCCAGUCAGUCUGACAUCAAUACCAGGGAAGAUUCUGGAGCAGAUCAUUAAGCAAACAGUCUGUGAGCACCUAGAAAGGAGUGCUGUGAUCACCAAUGGUCAGCAUGGAUUUCUGAAAAAUAAGUCAUGUCAGACUAACCUGAUCUCGUUUUUUGACAGAAUUGCAAGCCUGGUAGAUGAAGGGAACGCAGUGGAUGUAGCCUACCUUGAUUUCAGCAAGGCAUUUGACAAGGUGCCCCAUGAUAUUCUUGUAAAGAAGCUGGUAAAAUGCGGUCUUGACUAUGCUACCACUCAGUGGAUUUAUAACUGGCUGACUGACCGAACCCAAAGGGUGCUCAUCAAUGGUUCCUCUUCAUCCUGGAGAAGAGUGACUAGUGGGGUGCCACAGGGUUCUGUCUUGGGCCCGGUCUUAUUCAACAUCUUUAUCAACGACUUGGAUGAUGGACUCAAGGGCAUCCUGAUCAAAUUUGCAGAUGACACCAAACUGGGAGGGGUGGCUAACACCCCAGAGGACAGGAUCACACUUCAAAACGACCUUGACAGAUUAGAGAACUGGGCCAAAACAAACAAGAUGAAUUUUAACAGGGAGAAAUGUAAAGUAUUGCACUUGGGCAAAAAAAAUGAGAGGCACAAAUACAAGAUGGGUGACACCUGGUUUGAGAGCAGUACAUGUGAAAAGGAUCUAGGAGUCUUGGUUGACCACAAAGUUGACAUGAGCCAACAGUGUGACGCGGCAGCUAAAAAAGCCAAUUCAAUUCUGGGCUGCAUCAAUAGGAGUAUAGCAUCUAGAUCAAGAGAAGUAAUAGUGCCACUGUAUUCUGCUCUGGUCAGACCUCACCUGGAGUACUGUGUCCAGUUCUGGGCACCACAGUUCAAGAAGGACACUGACAAACUGGAACGUGUCCAGAGGAGGGCAACCAAAAUGGUCAAAGGCCUGGAAACGAUGCCUUAUGAGGAACGGCUAAGGGAGCUGGGCAUGUUUAGCUUGGAGAAGAGAAGGUUAAGGUGUGAUAUGAUAGCCAUGUUCAAAUAUAUAAAAGGCUGUCACAUAGAGGAGGGAGAAAGGUUGUUUUCUGCUGCUCCAGAGAAGCGGACACGGAGCAAUGGAUCCAAACUACAAGAAAGAAGAUUCCACCUAAACAUUAGGAAGAACUUCCUGACAGUAAGAGCUGUUUGACAGUGGAAUUUGCUGCCAAGGAAUGUGGUGGAGUCUCCUUCUUUGGAGGUCUUUAAGCAGAGGCUUGACAACCAUAUGUCAGGAGUGCUCUGAUGGUGUUUCCUGCUUGGCAGGGGGUUGGACUCGAUGGCCCUUGUGGUCUCUUCCAGCUCUAUGAUUCUAUGAUUCUAGGAUAUUUUGCCCCUGCAUGCAUGCAUCCCCUUACGCUUGUUAACGCUGCAUCCGAUUUAUCAUUUUAAGGCUCAUUCGCCCAGUUUGGAGAGAUCCUUUUGGAGUGCUUCACAGCCUGUUUUAGUUAAAAACCACCCUGAACAACUUGGUGUCAUCAGCAAACUUUGCUAACUCAUCUCCAGGAACAGCUAGAAAACACUUUGUCUCAUGCUGCAGACUUGGGUUCAAAAAGCAAGCAACACCCAGAAAAUCUCACUCACUGUCACCAAGAAUGAGACCACAAUGGCUUUCUUAGGGUUGCCAUAUUUCAAAAAGUGAAGAUCAGGACACAAAAGUUGUUGAGUUUUUUUGGGGGGGGGGGGUUGCAAAAAAAAACAAAAAACCCUACUGAUAUGGGCUGCUGUACACUGAGUUUCCCCAGACAUUUUAGCCGCUUUUAUGAAAUUCUGCCCAGAUGCCAUUUUUGAAGGCAUUAUUGCUUGGAUGUGUGGCAGCCCUAGGUUUUCUUAUCUAUUGCAAGAGAUAAGAAUAUUUAUUCUACUUACACUCCUCCCUCCAUACACAAAAUCAAACUUCAGAAUGGGUAGCUAAACAGGAAGGGAACCCCCCACUAUGCAAAAAACACCUUUUUUUUGUCAUACUUUCCAGUCUGCUCUCCCACCCCCAUGCUCAAUCUGCAUUCCUAGAAAAAAAUGAUGUAGCAGAAUCCAAAUAAAGGAGACAAACCUUUAUUCUACCAAAGCAGCCAGCAAAAAUAUUAUUUUGAGACGAAAUGAAAGGCAAAGCAAGAAAAGAGGCACUGCUUUACUGCUAGAGAAGCAAGAUCACCAUUAUAAGCCUUUUAAGUAAUUAGCCAGCCCCCCUGCUCCCCCCAAGAGAGAAGCAAUCCAUUAAUCCAUUAACUUUGCAGCUGGUUUGUUUGCUUGCAAACAAAGGGGAGGGGUGAAAACCAGCUCCAGCUCCCCUCCCCUUCCCGUGGGAAAGAGCUGUUUGCUUACUUAUGGAAAUCGUACAAAAAUGGAAAAAUGUUUUCCCCCUCUGCGCAUCAGAGGCCUUCCUGAAAGGGAACAGUCAGUCCUAUCAGUAGCUAACUCAUCUCCAGGUAGCUAACUCAUCUCCAUCAGUAGCUAACUCAUCUCCACACGACUGCAAAUCUCAACUUGGUCUCUAGGUGGUGCUUCAGAGUCUCAAAAACUGACUGGCGCCCAGUUAAUUUCGAACACUAGUGUCAUGUUUUUGCGUCUUAAGUGUGUGGUCACAGCCUCUCCCCCCCCCCCCCCAGUUUUAAUGGCAUCUGAUUGUUUUGGUGCAUAAUAGCAUCAGGUAAUGCAGAUGCUAUACAGGGCUCCUAAUCCCUAGUUUAUUUUUGUGAAGUUUGCACAUUUCUUCUACUCACUAGUGCUGCUCACAGCCUACGGCUGUGACCAAGGACUUGGAAGCUGUUGGUGGGGCUGCCGUCCAGCUGACAGGGGGAGGUCAUAUUCCUGCAUUUCAGUGCUGUGAGGUGAGCUAUUGAGAUGCUGUUCUGGGUCAUGUCCAAGUUUCCCUUGAGAGGAAGUCCCACCCCUCCCUCCCUGGGGGCAGAAGUGACCCCCAUUUCCGAGCAAGAGGCUCCUGACCCCAGCCCUCGCUUUCCUUCUGACCUUGAGGACCUUGACCAGUCCUUAGGCUGGUACAGUGGUACCUCUGGUUACAGACGCUUCAGGUUACAGACUCCGCUAACCCAGAAAUAGUACCUUGGGUUAAGAACUUUGCUUCAGGAUGAGAAUAGAAAUUGUGCGGCGGUUGGUGGGAGACCCCAUUAGCAAAAGUAGUACCUCAGGUUAAGAACAGUUUCAGGUUAAGAACGGACCUCCGGAACGAAUUAAAUUCUUAACCCUGUACAGUGGUACCUCUAGUUACGAACUUAAUUCGUUCCGGAGGUCCGUUCUUAACCUGAAACUGUUCUUAACUAGAGGCGUGCUUUCGCUAAUGGGGCCUCUUACUGCCGCUGCGCCGCUGGAACACGAUUUCCGUUCUCAUCCUGGGGCAAAGUUCUCAACUCGAGGUAACUCUUCCAGGUUAACAGAGUUUGUAACCUGGGGUGUUUGUAACCUGGGGCGUUUGUAACUCGAGGUACCACUGUAGUUUGUUGAGAAUAAGGCUUGAGAGAGCAAAAGGGGAAAGCAAGAGGGUGCAUGAAGGAAAAUUCAAAUCUGCCUGCCUGAAGAUGCAGGCUCCUUGUCUCCUCGCAAGCAAGCAGCCCAGCAUCCUGGGAGUUAGAGGGAUCCUGAGGCUGGCAGCCUUCCAUUCUGGAUCCAGCUGGGCUCCGAUCAAUAUGUUCUUCUGAGCAGCCGGCAGGACGAGAAGCCAGGAAAGACAUUGUUGCCACGGUUGGGAAGUUGUGGGAGGGGGGACUCCCCACACCGCAAUGGCUGCUGGAUUGGCCCCAUUUCCCUGCCAGGUCAUGACAAGCUUUCCUUGGCUUGUGUGUGGAGACUUGGCUGGACGUCCACGGCCGGCUGCCUCUUGGGAAUGGGCCUUUGGCUGAGCUGGCUGGGGGCAGGCAGAGCCCAGCUCUCUCCCUGGGCUCAGGUCAGGAAGGGACAAGGAGGCUGGCCAGCCCUUUGCCCCACUGGCCUUUGGCGGUUUGUGGUGUGCCAUUGGAAGUGACACGUGUGUGUGUGUGUGUGCACGCCAGAGUAUGUGAAGGGUUGAAAUUCUUGUUCUUUGGGAAGGAAGAAGAGGAAGCGAAGGUUACAGGCCACGGCAUAUUGUGUUGGUAGUUCCACAGUGUGGUGUUUUGGCAGUGUGUUGAAACUGUUCCCUGUUCAGCAUCUCCAGGUCUGUGCCCCCAGGUCACCAGAUGUUGGCUCCGGCCCCCUUUGCUUUGUCUUCAUUGCCUGGAAAUAGCACCCAGCGCUGAAAAGAAGUCAGUGGCCUUGUGGAGAAUCACCUCUCCUGAAGGGCCUCCAUUAAAGGCCCCCGACUGGUUUGAGUUUGAUGUGGUUAUGGGGUACAGGUGGGUAAGCCAGGCUUCGGAUGGGCCCCUGGGGGUUCAGCAUGUUUGAUUUGUGAGGUGGUGCCUUUUCUCUGACUCCAGCUUCAGGCAUUCUUCGCUUCAGGUUCAGAGUCCUUCCAAGCGUGGGAAAGGGUUCCUGUUCGCACCUUUUUGUCGGACCCCCGUCCCUGGUGGGCUGGUGUAUCACUCAGACUCAGAAUCUGGCCUUUGGGGCCAUUUCUUAUUGCAUCUGUUACACUGUGUUUGCUGCUCUUUCCCCCACUGAAGAAGCAGGGCCUUAAUUCCAGGUUUCCCUUCCCCAGCUGUCUGGACUGCUCAAAGGAAAACCCGGUCGAGGUCUGCUCCGAAAUAGCGGAAGGGAGAGAUGGAUUCGGUUGUAGCCAGGCUUGGCCUCACGCAGUAAUCCCAAAGAGGGAUUUUGGGGACAUUUCCUGGAUUCCCUUUUGCCUCUUUCAUGGAGCAGCAGCCCUUGCUGAAUGCACUGUGCUUGUAUUCUGGUGGUGUGAGGAUUUUUGGAAUGAGGGGAAGUGGCCUUUGGGUUUCCUUGACAACCUAGAUCUUUUCUUUUGAGCGGCGUCAGGAAAACAAAUGUGUGUUCUUCUCUUUUCACAGCUGAGUCUGCAAACUGAAGGGGGCUGUAAGGAAAGGCUCCCUCAAUCCUUUGCUGAGACUUGGCUCUGAGUAAAAACGUACAGUGCAGGAUCAGGCUGGGCAUGUGGGAAAGGGCACCCUUGUCCAUUUAGCCACCCACCCCUGCCCUCUCGAUAUCUGGUGCGGUUUCUUACACCCGGAUGCCUUCUGCUUUGUUUGUGCUUUUCAGUAUUAAUGACGUUUUCAUUUCCUUCUUUUAUUCCUCAGGCAAAAAGAGCAACUAAAGGUAAACUGAGAUCAAUGGAAGGUGUUCUCGAAGUGGAGUCCUCUUUUGAACCAAGAAGCCAGAUGUACCUCUGUCUGUGGCGAAGGUCUCGAUUUUGAAACAAGAUUUGCACAAGAGGUAGGAGCUGUUGCUGGCUUUUCUUUAUCAUUUGGCUUGUGGGCACUGCCAAGGAGCAGGCGAGGAUGUCCAUAUUUGGUACAGAGGACCCUCAGAAGUGUGUGAAGGAGGAGCCUGGCGUGGGGUGCACGAGAAGUGCCUUUGGGAUGAGGCCAGAAGUCCCUCUUGGUCUGCUUCUGGCAUUGACUAGGAAGGUUCCCAGGAAAGCUCCCAAACAGGACUUGAGGAGAAAGGGGUGUGUGUGCUUUUGAACAUGGCUUCUUUCUGCAGAGAGGGGUUUUGGCAAGCAGCUGUGACAGUCACAGUUUCAAGGCCUUGCCAGAUCUUCUGGUCAGCUGCACUUCUGCCUGGAGCCACUAGCACUCUCAGAAACAAAACUCCCUGAUGCCGCCAACUCUGGUAGGCUGCUGGCAAGUUGCUUUUCCCUUCUGAAAAGUCUAGCUCAAUAUAUGGUCAGAUCCAAAUAAGAUCUUAUUAGUGUGCCUGUGUAGAAAUCAGACAACCCUGUUCUGUUUGGGUAUGUUUAUCCUGGAAAGCUGAGAGGGAAGACGAUAGCCAUAUUCAGACAUCUAAAGGGCUGUCACGUGGAAGAUGGAGCAAGCUUGUUUUCUCCUGCUCUGAUGGAUUCAAGUUACAUGAAAGGCGAUUCUGACUAAACAUCAGGAAGAACUUUCUGACAGUUAGAGCCGUUUGGCAGUGGAACGGUCUCCCCUGGAAGGUGGUGGACUCUCCUUCCUUGGAGGUUUUUAAGCAGAGGCUGGACGGCCACCUGUCAUGGGAGCUUUAGCUGAGAUUCCUGCAUUGUAGGAGGUUGGACUAGAUGGCCCUUGGGGUCCUUUCCAACUCUAUAAUUCUGUGAUUCAGUCUGUUUUGUCCUGAAAGAGUUGCAGCUCUCUUCAGAUAUAAAAGAUCCCAUAAAACAGCAACUAGUCUUCCUCAGUCCUCAGCCUCAGAGUCUGCAGGGGAAGCAGCACAGAAGUCAAAGCUGACUCAAAGCUCUGACCAGGGAGCCACUGCUGUUUCUUCAGCUAAGCAGCAGGCCUCAGGCACAAAAAAGUGGAUGCUGGUUGGCAUCCACGUGUAGCCUUGGCACUGAAAGGAAGCUUGGUGCUGGAGGUAUGGAUGGAAACUGCCUGGAGAAAAUUGUGAUCGUUUGAUGUAACAUUCGGGAAGAAUUAAAGUCUUGAGCCUAAGUUAAAAGCUGCUUUGAUGGCUUGUCUGUCUCCCUGAGCGCCGUUCUCCUGGUGCUUUCACAUGCACUUCUGUCUGUUCGGAUCUGAGUUCCUCAGAGGAAGCUGCCACAGCUCCAGACAGCUUUUACCUUCCUUUAUGUGGAGUUGCAAACCUGCUAGUGUUGGAGCACCCGUGUUUUGGCAAAAGGCUCAGCGCCCAAAUUCAGUUCCUGGCAACAUCCCUGGCACUGCCAGUCAGUGCAGGUGAUGGAUCCCUGUGGCCUAGCUCCAUGUAAGGCAGCUUCCUCAGAGCAUGGCAGGGCAGGGAAUGGUGAGGGGUGCCCUCCCUGUGCCCAUCUCUCAUGGUUGUCUGGGGGUCCUGGCCGGAGUCCCUGGUGGGAACUCAGAAGCGUCACAGUCGUUGGGACGAAGCAGCUUCCUUGCGGCUUUUUCCCUUUUUUGUCAGGGGAUGUUUCAUGCAGGCAUCUGCUUGGACCCAGGGAGCACAGGGUGCUGGACUAGAUGGGCCCCUUCGGGCUUGAUCCAGCCACAGGGCUCUUUUUUUAAAAAAUAAAUAUUUAUUAACGUUUUCACAAUAUUACAAAAUGAAAAAGAAAAAAGAAAAUACAAAAUAAAAAAUAGUUAAAAACAAUUCCAUCUUUUCGCCACUUAUCUUUCAUUUACUUGUUUCCUGGACCUCCUCAUACCUCCCUUUUUUGUAUUCCAGUUCAAUUUAUUAGUUCAGCAAUUCCUUUCCCUCCUUAUUUUAUCCUGAUCUUUAAUCUUAAUAUAUUAUAGCAUUAAGUUUUUACCUGUUAAGAAUCCAAUUUUUUUCAUAUUCUUUUAUACCAUUACAGCUAGAAACCACUUAACUUCAAUCCAACAUCAUUCUAACAUUCGUUAAUUUUGCAGUAUUUCUGUAAAUAGUCUUUAAAUUUCUUCCAAUCUUCUUCCACCGACUCUUCUCCCUGGUCUCGGAUUCUGCCAGUCAUUUCCGCCAAUUCCAUGUAGUCCAGCUCUUCUCAGGUUCUUACCUGUACAUGCGCACAGCACUCAGUGUCACGCCAAGAGGCUUUUUGUGACGUGGGAGGUGAUGGAGCAAAGGAUUUGCAUGUGCAUGGGAAGGCAGACCUCUGGGAGAACUCAGACUGCCUUCCAGUUGGAUGUAGCUUAACAGGGACAAAGUCAGGCGGCCCCAGGAAAUGUGAUCCUUGCACAGGCUCAAAGGGAGCCCUAGGCCGUUGCUGGCGGCUGGCUGAGCAUGAGCUAGAAGCCAAGAGGAAAGGCUUUGGGGGGAUGUGGGCAGGGCAAGUGCAGGCCAAACCUGGCAGGCACAUCUGUCUGACUUGGGAGGGUGGGGGUGCAGGCAGGAUGCAGUCCCCCCCUUUUUCCAGCAUUGCAGGGGUGGGGGACCUGCUCUUGGGUAAGACCCAAUGACUCUGCUGAGACUCGCAGCUCAACCCCAUGCAGGGUUCAUCCUGCCAAAGCCCUUUCAUUUCAGCUGGCCCCAUUCUGCAUGCCAUUGGGCUCCUUAUGCCAUAGAAAGCAGAGGGUCCUUGAGCUUGCUUGGAGGUUCUAGCAGGGGAGCGCAGCUAUCGUAUACCCUUGACCGAAGAACGGUACACUCCUUCUAUCUGGGAUGGUCGUCCUCUUCCACGCGCAGCUUCGGGAGGGACGCACAUGGAGCGGUGAGGGAGGAAGGGGACACCCGCCUAGCCAGCCAGAUCAGCCGAAUCAACCCUGGCGAUCAAUGGGGUGACAGAUGUCACAGCCAGAUCGCCCUCACAUUGGAAGAAAGUUUUAAAAAUUUAUUUAGAAAAGUAUCGCAAAAUUAAUGAGUAUCAGAAAAAUGUUGGAAUGAAAUUAAUUGGCUUUAGCAGAAAUGUUAAAAAGAAUUAUGUAAGAAUGUGUUAUGGUUAGAAGAAUUCGGUAUAAAUAAGAUUUAAGUUUUAAGGUUUUUUAUGGUAAGAUAAGGUUAAAAUAGAUUAAGGUAAUUUAAUGACAGAAUAUUGUGAAAGACGGAAAGGAUUUGCUGAGAUAAUUAACAACUAGAAUACAAAAAAGGGAGGUGUGAGGAGGUCGAUGAAAUAAGUUAAUGAAAGUUAAGGAUUUGGGAAUAUUGGAUUUGCUUUUAAAUUUGUUGUAUAUUUUUGUUGUUUGAUUGUGUUGCAUUGUGUGUUUUGUUUUUUCUUUUUGAUUUUGGUUUUUAUUGAUUUGUAUUGUUUAAUUGUUACUUUUAUCUACUCUUUUCUUUUUCUUUCUUUCUUUUUUUUCUUAUUUUUCCCCUUCUUUUUUUUUCUUUGUAACUUUAAAAAUUCUCAAUAAAUAUCAUUAAAAAAAAAAAAAGGAAGCAGAGGGUCUCUUGCCACACACACGUGGGGCCAGAGGUUAGGUCAGGGCGGGCCUUGUGCUCCAUAGUUCAGUAGGACAGGAAGGGGAGGUUGACAGCAGAGCUCCUUUGCAGCCCUUGGUUGCUUGCUGACAUUUCUUUUGCAGCCCCAUUGCAAAGAGCAGUGGGGCUGAGGCUGCUGCCCCUGUGUGUUUUGCAGUGGGGGGUGCUGUAGGGCUGCAGGAUGGCCAGAAAGCUCUCGGCGGAGGGGGAUAUACUGCUGGUGAAACCGCCAUCGCUCUCUGCCCUGGCAGAGAGAGAAUAAAGCUGAAUUAGUGAAGUUCCAAUACAGCUUGUUCUUUCCUCUGCUUCUUCAAACUGCUUGGCUGAGGAGCGCGCUGCUUCCCUCACCUCAGCCAAGCAGUUUUAUGGAGCCUCUGACCCAGCGGCAGGAUGGGGGCUCUCUUAAAGUGCUCCCCCUCCCAUGCCAGUGAAGGCAGAGAGAGCUUGGCCAAGGAGCCCUUGCUGCUCCACUGUGAGUGGAAGGGGAAUCGGGGCUGGCUUCACUGGGGACAGGAGCCUUUCCGUCCACCCCACCCCCGGCUGAGCAGCUGGCUGAGGCCACCUGUAUUGGCCACAGCCUGCAAGGCGCUGGGGUGAAAGCACCUCAGCUUCCACCAUGAGAGCUGCAGCAGUUUCUCCUGGCAUCUCGCUGGCUGGGGCCAGUGCAGCUUUUUUCAACAUCAUGGUAUAUCGCCAAACUGCAAUGUUUGGCUGGGAUACACGACAACAUUACCCAGCCUUAGUGUCCGGGCUGAACAAUGCGGGUGGAGACACUCCUUCAGGUAUGGUGGUUGCUUUCCUCACGAAGAGAAAGAGAGUUUAAUUCGAAAAUAAUUCAAAAGAGAGAGUGUCUUAAACUCUCCCAUUUUCUCCUGACAUUGAGCAGAAGUUAAACAUCUUCCCUCGUUUAGUCCUUAAACAUAUUGUCUUCUCCAUAAUCAUCCAUCUCUUGAACUCCAUUAUUCACUUUUGCGUCAAAUCUUACUGUUGCAAUAAGUGAACUGCCUGGGAGCAGCACUCUCUUUAAUUUAUCCCACCUCUAUAUUCCAGUGAUGCUCCCUUAAUCAAAUUUAGAAGACUUUUUCCUUAACCACAGAGGAGAUGGAGAAGGGAUUUAGAUUCAUGAAGACGAGGGCUGCUGCCUUCAGGGGACUCCCAAGUGGUGGGCUCAGGCUGUCCUUGGAGAGAUGCAAAACACAAAAAUAAAUACCAUAGUAACACAAAAAAUACACCCCCCCCAAAGGCCACAGAUUGUUUAAUCAGUCCAAGCCUAGGGAAAAGAGGAAUGUUUUUGCCUGUUGCCUGAUUUGUAAGGAUGGUGCCAGGUGAGCCUCUCUGGGAAGAGCAUCCCACAAAGGGGGAGCCACCACAGAAAAGGCCCCUUCUCAUGUUGCCACCCUGCUUGGGGUAUUGCGGAUUUAAAAUGCCUGCUCCAUUUUCCUGUUAACCCCAAGCAGCCAAUAAAUACACUGAAAUGUAACUGAAAAUAAAGACUGUGUAGCCUCUGUAAACACAGGAAGAGGGUCACCAGAUUGGGGGGGACCAGAACCAAACCCUGCAGGUCCAGGGGCUCCAUUUCCAGCUCAUAGGCAAUGUUGCAGGAGCACCCUUUUUAGAAAAAGGGGGGUUGAAUUAUAGUAAUUGGUUAUGUUUGUACAGGUUACAUAUCCUAGUUUGCAAAGAGAACAAAAUAUCUGGUGAAAAACCUGAAGAACCUUUCUUCUGCUCAAAGGUGAUAGAUCUCGAGUCAGCUUGACUUGAGCUGAACGGCAUCUGGUCCACCGCUGCCCUGCUGCCUAGGAUUGUUUUACAACAAGAAACGUGUCCCCUUCCACCCGCAGGCCCCAAGGUCAUUUAUGUGGGGAAGAAAUGUUAAAAGCCACCUGCAACUAAAGAUCCCUCAAGGAUACAUUUCCUGCUGUAAGAUUAUCUCUACUGAACAACAAGCAGUUGAGACUCACCUGGUGAGUGUCUGCCAAACGCAGCCUGAAAGAGUCUAAAAGAGUCCUAGCUGGGGGCCAAAAAGCCGUUGGACUAGGAGCCAGGCCUCUCGCCCUCAGGAAAGUGUUUCAGGACGAGGAAUCCCUGCCGAAAAGCCCUUUCUCGCUUGGCCACCUUGCACACACCCCUUGGAAAAGGUUUAUGCAGCCACCCCGUGAGAUGGCAGGGGGCCAGUUCUGUUGUGUCCCUCACUAACGUGGUGCUUUUCAGAGUAUCCUAAGCUGAGGGAGCCAGCCUACACCAAGGAGUGUCCUGCCUGAAUUAUGCUGGGGGGGGGGGUGCAAACUGUUUGGACUUCAUUUCACUUGGGAAAUAUUGCAGGAGCCAGCAUUUUCUUGAUGGUUGCCAGAAGACUGGAUGUGCUCCCUUCUUCUGAAUCAUCCGUUGAAAUUGGAGUGAAAAUCUACCUGCAGCCAUGUUAAUAGUGGCUGCAAGAGGGGGUGAGGGGCAGCCCGGUCAGCUCCCGGGGCCCAGGGGUCAAAGCGCAGCUGAAGAGUGUUGCAGCACGGAAGUGCAGCCUGACUGGAUGGCUGGCAGCCUGACUCCUCCGGGGGCUGUUGGGUUUUGCACAGUCCUUGAAAAAGGCCGUCUGCCACACCAGUGACCUGCAUGUCGGUGGAGGGAGGGAGCGCUUGGUCUUGCUAGGACUGUGUGGGAAACGAAAGAGGAACCUCUAACCUGAGGAGAGCUCAGCUUUAGCAGGGGCAGGAGAACGUCGGGACUUGAGAUCAAGAAGAAGGGUUGAUGGAAGAAGACUGGAAAAAGUUUAAAACAUAUCUUCAGAAUCACUGUAACAUAAAAGAAUGUUAGGAAAGGUUGGAGAAGAAAUAUUAGACCGUAUUGGCAGACAGAGUAUAAUGGAAUUAAGUAAAUAUGAAGUGUAAAUUAAAGGAUAGAGGAGAAUUAAAUAUUUUUGAAUGUUAAAAUGUUAAAAUAAGUAAAUGAAAAGAAGGCUAGAAGGAUUUGCUGGAGAUACAAUUUGAAUUAGAAUACAAAGCAGAGAAGUGAGAGGAAGUCUCGGAAAUAAGUAAAUGGGAAAACGGUUUGUUUAAUUUGAAUUUUUCUUUUGUUAUUUUUUAUUGUGACUUUUUGUCUUGUGUAUUUUUUCUUUUUUUCUUGUAUGGUGUGUUUCUUUUGUAAGAUGUAUGUGAUUGGUUUUUCUUGCUUUAUUUUUUCUUUUUUUGUAAUCUUAAAAUUUGAAUAAAUAUUCUUAAAAAAAAAAAAAAAAAAGAGAACGUCGGGACUUGGCACCUGCUGACCGCAACCCCCCACAAGGGUCUCCUGAUGUUUGUGUUCAAGGCUUUAGCUUUUAACUUGCUUUUAAUUUGUUAGGAUUUUGCUGUAUGAUUUGUUUUUCUGUAUUGUUGUAAACCGCUGUGAUUUAUUUCUGUGAUACAAGCAACAUAUAAAUACAGUGGUACCUUGGUUCUCAAACGCCUUGGUACUCAAACACUGCAAAUGCAGAAGUAAGUGUUCCGGUUUGCAAACUUUUUCCGGAAGCCAUCCGUGCUCCAUUUUGAGUGUUACGCUUCUGAUCUGAGUGCUACACUUCCGUUUUGAGUGUUACACUGGGCUCUGUCUAUUUAUUUUGCGUUUUUGUUUUUGUGGCUCUUUUUGUUUUGUUUUUGGGACUGUGUGGAACCCAGUUCAGCUACUGAUUGAUUGAUUCUGUGACUGCAGUACAUCAUUUAUUGCUUUCAUUUUAUGGACCAGUGGUCUCAUUAGAUAGUAAAAUUCAUGUUAAAUUGCAGUAUUAGGUGUUGUUUUUAAGAGUCUGGAAUGGAUUAAUCUAUUUUGCAUUACUUUCUAUGGGAAAGCGCGCCUUGCUUUUGGAAAGCUUUGGUUUUGGAACAGACUUUCAGAACGGAUUAAGUUUGAGAACCAAAGUACCACUGUAUUUUUAAUACAUAAAUAAAAUCAACAAGGGAGCUCCGUAGGAACAGGCUGUUUAUAACCCAUUUCCCCAUAGCCUGGACUCCUGCCCAGUUAGCAGAAGAUGGAGUUUCUCCAAGGGGCGGGCUCGUCUGUUCCCCAGUUUCCCCAGAGUGCAUCUGUUCCUGUGGGAUUCUCGGGCCCUGACCCAGGCCUUCACAGAGCCUUGCAGGGAAAAGGGGACAUAGGGAGCUCUUCUGGCGUAGCCUUAUGCUGACAGUGCUGCUGCUCUCUCCGGCUCCUUGCAGGUCGGUGCUCACUCUCACCAUGUUCUGGAAAUUUGACCUGAACACCACGUCGCAUGUUGACAAGCUGCUGGACAAGGAGGAUGUGACUCUGCUCGAGCUGAUGGACGAAGAUGACAUCCUCCAGGAGUGCAAAGCGCAGAACCACAAGCUGGUGGACUUCCUGUGUCAGCAGCACUGCAUGGAGGAGCUGGUCAGCCUCAUCACCCAUGAGCCCCCACUGGACAUGGACGAGAAGGUCCGCUUCAAGUAGGUACCCGGCCCUGAAAGUCCUGCCAGCUGGCAGCGAGGGGGGGCGUGGCCUUCCUGAUAGGGCCCUGUGGCAGAGCGGGGGGAGCCUUUCGUUCCUUUGCAUGCAAGCUUUAUAGAGCGCUUUUCAGUAGUCCCUUCCCAGGUAGUUUGCAAUGAAACAAAACAAUAAUAAAACCCCAAAGCCAGUUGUUUUCACAAAAUGACAUGCACAUAAAAAUAAUGGAGGCAACAAAACAAGCCAGCAGCACAUGAAGAGACAGAUCUGUGUGUGUAUCUAGAGGGUGAGGGCAUCCAGCGAUGUUGGGGCUGUCUCUGAAGAGGCCCUGUGCAGACAGCAAAGGGGCUCAGAGCCUGAAAGUAGCAGAGUCCCUGGGCCAGAAGGAUGCUCCGCUCUGCCAGGGAAGCUGGGAUCCUGAUGCAUCCAGCCAGCGCCAGCUGUUCUCUUUGGAUGGCGCCUUGGCAGAGAGGCUUUGGAGCCAUGGAGGCUGAUGGGGGGAGCUCUGAGGGAUCCGAGGCAGGGAUGUUGCCCUGGCAGUCUUGCCACCCCAAGCAUAGCCCUGCUUAUCCCAGAGGAAUUGCCAUUCACAUCACCCGUCCCGAGAACUUCCAAGAGGCAAGUUCCAUUUUGUGAACCGGGAUUUAUGCUGACAGACAAACCGCUUCCUCCAUCAACUCCCGUCGGGCGAAGGAGAGUCUUUUUCCUGUGAGCUCUUUUGCCCAAACCAUCCUGGAGGCCCAUGUGAGACCUUCGGCUCUGGUCGAAGCUCUAUAGGGGCUGCAUGUCCAGCUGCCCCUAGUUUGAGAUGGCUGCCUUUCACAUUUCAGGGCAGAGGUGGUUGGGGUGUGUCUGAAGCCUGCUGGCAUCCCUGGUGGGUCUCUGCAUGGCUGCCUUUGGGCUCUUGGCACCAGCGGCAGCAGCUUCCCAAGCUCUUGGCUUUGGCUCUGUCCCUGCAGGUACCCCAACACAGCCUGUGAACUGCUGACGUCUGAUGUGCCGCAGAUCAACGACAGGCUCGGAGGGGACGAGGCUUUGCUGAACAUCCUCUAUGACUUCCUCGACCAUGAGCCACCCUUGAACCCUUUGCUGGCCAGUUUCUUCAGCAAGACCAUCGGCAACCUCAUCGCCAGGAAGACAGAGCAGGUCAGGCGAAGUCUCCCCUCUUAGGCUCAGCCUGCCUCCUUUGGGUCUUGACUGUUUUUUGGGUGGCAGCUGAGGGUUAAUUCACAAGGCUGUCUCUAGCUAGCUACAGUGGUACCUCGCAAGACGAAUGCCUCGCAAGACGGAAAACUCGCAAAACGAAAGGGUUUUUGGUUUUUGAGUUGCUUCGCAAGACGAUUUCCCCUAUGGGCUUGCUUCGCAAGACGGAAACGUCUUGCAAGUUUGUUUCCUUUUUCUUAAAACCAUUAAUACAGUUGCGACUUGACUUCGAGGAGCAACUCAUAGCACCUGGUGUGGUAGCCUUUUUUGAGGUUUUUGAAGACUUUGGUGAUUUUUGAAGCUUUUCCAAAACUUUUCCGACACCGUGCUUCGCAAGACGAAAAAAACCGCAAGACAAAAAAACUCGCGGAAUGAAUUAAUUUCGUCUUGCGAGGCACCACUGUAUCUUUCUGAUCUGUCUAUUUUUUUCUUUAGGUAAUUUCAUUUUUGCGGAAGAAAGCCAAAUUCCUCGACUUGGUACUGAAGCAUAUCGACACGUCUGCCAUGAUGGACCUCCUCUUGCGACUCAUCAGCUGCGUGGAGCCGGCUCCGCUGAGGCAGGAAGUGCUGAAUGUGAGGGCUGCUCUUGGGCUCAGAGGGUGUAGAAGUGUAGAGUUGGGAGGGACCCCCGAGGGUCAUCCAGGGCAGGGCAGGAAUUGAGGCGCCAGUGUUCCUGGCCUCCUUUGCUUUCUCUCUACUGUCAGGCUUGGCCUUGACCUCGUAGGGAGCUGAGAAGAGCAGCUCUGCAAGGCUGUUCUCCACUGGCUCCUUCGGAUGCUGGAGGCUCCGUCCGCGUCCCUUUGCCAAGGCUAGGCUGGCCUGGAAGCAGAAAGGCCAUGUGACCUGCGCUCUUUAUUUAUGGAAGUGUUUAGGUGCUGCCAGUUCAUACCGUCUUAGCAAUGUGCAGCGGGAUAGACAAAUUAUGAACGACCAUAAAUACAGAACAAAAGGAGUCAAGUGAAGGGCUGGUCAGGAAAUUCAAAUGGUUGCCCAGGCCUCUCUUCAUAAAAAGGCCUUGAAGUGAGGCUGCCUGCCAGCUCUCUGCUGGGGAAGGACUCUUCUUGUGCACUUGCUGUUUCCAUAGAAUCAUAGAGUUGGAAGAGACCACAAGGGCCAUCGAGUCCAACCCCCUGCCAAGCAGGAAACACCAUCAGAGCACUCCUGACAUAUGGUUGUCAAGCCUCUGCUUAAAGACCUCCAAAGAAGGAGACUCCACCACACUCCUUGGCAGCAAAUUCCACUGUCAAACAGCUCUUACUGUCAGGAAGUUCUUCCUAAUGUUUAGGUGGAAUCUUCUUUCUUGUAGUUUGGAUCCAUUGCUCCGUGUCCGCUUCUCUGGAGCAGCAGAAAACAACCUUUCUCCCUCCUCUAUGUGACAUCCUUUUAUAUAUUUGAACAUGGCUAUCAUAUCACCCCUUAACCUCCUCUUCUCCAGGCUAAACAUGCCCAGCUCUCUUAGCCGUUCCUCAUAAGGCAUCGUUUCCAGGCCUUUGACCAUUUUGGUUGCCCUCCUCUGGACACGUUCCAGUUUGUCAGUGUCCUUCUUGAACUGUGGUGCCCAGAACUGGACACAGUACUCCAGGUGAGGUCUGACCAGAGCAGAAUACAGUGGCACUAUUACUUCCCUUGAUCUAGAUGCUAUACUAUUGAUGCAGCCCAGAAUUGCAUUGGCUUUUUAGCUGCCGCGUCACACUGUUGGCUCAUGUCCAGUUUGUGGUCAACCAAGACUCCUAGAUCCUUUUCACAUGUACUGCUCUCAAGCCAGGUGUCACCCAUCUUGUAUUUGUGCCUCUCAUUUUUUUGCCCAAGUGCAAUACUUUACAUUUCUCCCUGUUAAAAUUCAUCUUGUUUGUUUUGGCCCAGUUCUCUAGUCUGUCAAGGUCGUUUUGAAGUGUGAUCCUGUCCUCUGGGGUGUUAGCCACCCCUCCCAAUUUGGUGUCAUCUGCAAAUUUGAUCAGGAUGCCCUUGAGUCCAUCAUCGAAGUCGUUGAUAAAGAUGUUGAAUAAGACCGGGCCCAAGACAGAACCCUGUGGCACCCCACUAGUCACUCUUCUCCAGGAUGAAGAGGAACCAUUGAUGAGCACCCUUUGGGUUCGGUCAGUCAGCCAGUUACAAAUCCACUGAGUGGUGGAAUAGUCAAGACCACAUUUUACCAGCUUCUUUACAAGAAUAUCAUGAGGCACCUUGUCAAAUGCCAAAAUCCAGUUUGAUCUCUUUAAGAAAUGGAGACCAUAAUCUCUGCAGAAACACCUCAGUUGGCUCCUCUUGGGCUUUGUACAGUCAUACCUCAGAAGUCAAAUGUGGGUCGAAAAUUUUGGCUCCCGAAUGCCACAAACUCGGAAGUGAGUGUUCCUCUUUGUGAACAUUCUUUGGAACCUGAACGUCCAUCGUGGCUUCCACAGCUUCCGAUUGGCUGCAGGAGCUUCCUGCAGCCAAUCAGAAACUGCGUCCUGGUUCCCAAAUGUUUUGGAAGUCGGACAAACUUCCAGAACAGAUCCCAUUUGACUUUCGAAGUGCAACUGUAUUCCACUGCCCCCCUCCCCGCCACGGCUUCUGAAGGAACUGACCUGGCCAGAGACCUGAACCUGCUAUUUUCAGUGGCGGAAAGUGAAGCUUCAUCUGGAGGGCAGAGAGCAGCCAGCUCCAGACUGGCAGGGCCAUGAAGGGAACUCCCCCAGCCCCUGGGCCUGGUGGUGGGCCACGCAAGGGCGACUUUCUCACUGGCGCUGCUUCCUCUUCUCUCCUUCCCUGCAGUGGCUGAAUGAAGCACAGAUCAUCCAGCGGCUCGUGGAGCUGAUCCGUCCCGACCAGGAUGAGGAUGUGAGUGCAGUCUCCUGUCGUGGGUCUCUCCAGCUCUGUCUCAGAGCAUCUUAGCAGAAACCUUUCCUUUGUUCUACUUAAGCUCUUUUGCAAGGAGAACCUACCGAGACAUUUUGCCAGUGAGCAGUGGGAGAGGGUGGGCAGGAAGCUCUGGGCAGUGCCAGUGUAGAAUGGUCAGCUAUGGUGUCGAUGCUUAAUUGUGGAAAGGAAAAAAGGGCCUGGCACUUCUGUAGAGGUUCCUGAAAGGAAGAGAGCGGCUGCCUCCUGGGUCCCAGGCGGGGCCAGUCAGCACUGCCAUCGCUGCUCUUCAGUGCUGGGAGGAUGAGGGGCCAAGCCGUGCCCUGCUUGCCCCCCGCACCCUCCCCCCUCUGUGCCAUCUGGUCUGCUUCCCCCUUUGGGUGCUAAGUUUCAAAAUUUCACACGCCCAUUAGCAUCUCUUGUGGCCUUUGGCUCAGGUCCACCCAGUGUUGAGCCGCAGCCUCUUCAGAGAGCUUAGAGUGGGCUGGCCGGCCUCAGUCCCACAAGGGAGACUCUGCCACCUUGCUGCCAAGGAUCUGCUUUUGCUUUGGCCUGGGGUGUCCUGUCCAGGGACUACGCUCCCCACGGCCUGAAACGGGUGGGGAGCAGGGGACCCUCCUGACAGUAGUAUGGGUAGGGAGGGUGGGAUUUAACAUCCAUGAGCAGUUGGGGGGGGUGACAGGUUCCUCAUCCUCGAGUGAAAGGGCCUGAUCCUGCUCUCCACCCUCUGGGAAUCCUCUGAUUUUGAGGCAGCCCAAUCUGGGGUCAUUGUGCCUGUCCUUAUAAUAAUAAUUUAUUACUUAUACCCCACCCAUUUGGCCGGGCCACUCUGGGUGGCUCCCAAGAGAAUAUGAAAACAUGAUAAACCAUCACACAUUAAAAAUUUCCCUUAGUGGAGCUUUUAAGCUGAGAGGUCAAGGGAGUGUGUUGAUGUGUUAGGGCAGACCCACUCCUGGGCACAGAAGGCAGGCAGGACUUCUUUUCAAGCAGGCCCUCAGUCUGGAACUCCUCACCUUUAGAGUCAUUUCCUGCUGUGCUGCACCAUCUUCACAGCUUUAGCCCAGAAGGGAAGCUCAGUCAAGAGGGGGCCACUGGCCACCUCCCUCCAUUUCCAGGGCUUUGGGGUUCUGCGUUGCUGUCAGCUGCCCGGCCCCCUUUUCUCUGAAGGCUGAGAGGAGACCCCUUUUGCCACCACUGACUCGUCUCCUGUUUGCAGAGGCAGUCCAACGCUUCCCAGACCUUGUGCGACAUCAUAAGGCUCAGCAGGGACCAGAGCAGCCAGUUCCAAGAGGUGGCUGAGCCCGACCCACUUCUGGCAGCUCUGGAGUCGUAAGUACAGCAGACAGAAGCCUGGGGGGGGGGGCUGGGAGCACCAGGGGCUGCUCUCGGCCGCUUUCUUGUGGAUGUUCAUAAAAGGGUGUUGAGGUUUUCCUCAGCUGGACAGAGCAGGCAGGCAUCUCCUUGAUUUUCUUUUUAAAAAUAAUUUAUUAUUUAUACCCCGUCCAUCUGGCUGAUGAGGAGCACAGCUUCCAGGGGACUGGACCUGAUUUGGGUCUCACAGCUCGGCUCCCUUCCUGUGGAGAUGUUGUGUUAGAAUCAGAGAACUGUGGAGUUGGAAGGGGCAUCUAGUCCAACCUCCCACAAUGCAGGAAUCUCAGCGAAAGCAGUCGUGGCAGAUGGCCAUCUUCCAUGUGACAGCCCUUCAGAGAUUUUUUUUUGUUAGAACGUUUAUUAAUUUUCCAAUAAAAAACAUCCAAUUAACAUAUCAAAUCGUAAUCCAAUAAAAAUAAAAAAAUAAUUUUUUUAAAAAAAUCAAAUUAUCUUCUGCAUUUAAUUCUAAUUGUGCAACUUCCCAUGGUCUGAAUGUCAAAGCAACUCCAAGUCUCAGUCCUGCCUCUCACAAUAUUUCCAUAUUGCCCUUUGGAGAUUUCAAAGUUAGUGUGAUGUCGUGUCUGGAGGGUUGGACUUAGGAGGCCGAGGGUCAAACCCAGACUCAGCCAGGAGCCUCACGGGGUAAGCCUUGGGCUUUCCUCCUUUCUCAGCCUGGCCCACCUCGCAGGGGGGUUGUUGAAUAUCAGCGUCCACUGCUUAAGAAGGCUGAUGACCCAGCUGCAGCCAGGGAGGGGGGAGAGGAGGGGGAGCAGUGCCCAGCCAGGCAGCCCCCCCCCAUUCUCUGGGCAGGCUGUGCUAGGUUGGAAGCCAGGGAUGGGGAGGGGGCCAAGGCAUAGAUGUUUGUUUGGGGAAAACGUUGCUGCAUCCUGACUUGUGGAUUCGGGACCCCCUUAAAAAUGGUCUCUAACUUUUCCUUGGUGUUUCCAGGCAGGAAUGUGUGGAGCAGCUUCUGAAGAACAUGUUUGAUGGUGAGCAGACGGAGAGCUGCCUUGUGAAUGGGACUCAGGCUCUGCUGACGUUACUGGAGCCGAGGCGCACUAGGUAAGCUGGUUUGGGGGCCGACCAGAUGCAUCGUAGCAGAGACUUCAGGGUAGAACUUAGACUCUUGGGCGCCUGGCCAGGCGGUUGACGAACGCUUGCUUAAAAUAAAUAAGCGAAGUACAGGAGAGCCCAACUUAUUACUGAUUUACUUAGAUGAUUGCAACUUUGUGAGAGUGGCAGGACAAUAGGUAAAUAAACGGAGAGCUUGUGGGGAGGGAAUAGUUGGAAGGAGCUGUCCAAGAUCUCGCAUGACCUGCCCAGAGCCUGGGAAGCAAGAUGGAGGAAGCUAUUUCUGCCUUGGGUUUUCCUGCUGCUGAAAGGGUUCUUAAGCCCUCCGCCUGGCUUAUCGCCCCCUGGGAAGGUUGUGUGAGGCCUGUGGGAAGGUCAUGGGAGGUCCGUGCAAGACCUCACAUCUUGUGAGACAUGCUGACAGUGGAGGGUCUGCUUCCCUUGGCGCCGGAGGAGCAGGCCCGCUUGUGUAGGGCUCUCCAGCUCCCGAGUCUUGAGCCUGGUCUGCCUCUUCCCCCUGCAGCGUGGAGGGGCUGGUGGACUCUUUCUCUCAGGGAUUCGAAAGGUCUUGCACUGUCAGUAGCAGCAUCCUGGGUGGCAUUGAGCCGCGGCUGAAGGACUUCCACCAGCUGCUGCUGCACCCGCCCAAGGUAGGGAGAUUCUCCUCAAACCCUUCUUCAAUCUCCCCAGGAGGCUGUGUGUCUAAAGAUAUAGAUGUACGGUGUGUAUCGGUGAUGGUGGGAUCCAUCAGAUCCAGUUAGUACUUCGGUAAUCAGAGGGGGAAUCCAGGAAGCAUUGGGGGAUUGGGAAUCUAUUUUGCUCAGACUUGAGCUUGGUUUGUGGAAUUUUUAAUUUUCACCAAGGAGACACAAAACGAAAUGGCUUCUGUUAUGGGAUUGGAAGAGGACAGAAUCUUUUGAAGUGCAUGGGACUCUUCAUCAGGUGGAAACCUGAAAGCUUGCAUACUUCUGCAGCAGCUCACAUCAGUCCUAUAAAAACCACUGCCAUCCCUGUUAGGCAUUUCUUGGGUGAAGGGCUGAGUGCAGGUUCUGUGCAGGCAGGCGGCUGCUUCGUCCCCCCAGAGGAGAGAGAGGGGCUUCUGCCUCCAUCCAAAGCACCCUGUUAAGGAUUCCUGCAGCUUUGUGCUCUGCUGUUCUGACCACCAGCCCCCUUGCUGUGGGGUGCAGGGCAGGGGACAGGAGGAGCUGAGGCUCUCUGCGGGGGCCUCAUGUUGGUCUGGCCUGAGAAGCCCAUUUUGUCUCUCUGCUGGUGGCAGGCGGCCUCCAUUCUGACGACCAUCGGAGUCUUGGAAGAGCCGCUGGGCAACGCUCGCCUCCAUGCUGCCCGCUUGGUCGCUGCCCUUCUGCACACCAACACACCCAGCAUCAACCAGGAGCUGUGCCGGCUCAACACCAUGGAGCUGCUGCUGGUGAGGAGCACCUUGGGGGGGCAGGGAGAGGUCGCUUGGCGGCAGAGGCUUCAGCUUGGCCUCCAGGGCUGUUGGGUGGGGGUGGAGGGAACGCACUUCCUCCAUGGAAGAGCUUUGCUCACUGGCCUCCUUGAUUUUGUUCCAGGACCUGUUUUUUAAGUACACGUGGAAUAAUUUUUUGCAUUUCCAAGUGGAAUUGUGCAUCGCAGCGAUCCUGGCGCAUUCUGUGAAUGAAGGCAAAGUGGCCCCAAGCGAGGCGGAAGAGAAGGAGGGAGCGGAUGGGAGCGCAGCCUCGGGGAACUCAGAAGCCCCGGAGAACAGCAGCAGCAGCAGCUGCCGCCCCGAGAACAUCAUGGUGACCCAUGUAAGGAGGCUCAUAAUCCCAGCCAGGACAGGCUUCCGCAAGCCCCAUCCGCACAACGCCUGCUGCCCUCGGAGCUUGUCUGCCUGCAUCCAGGGCGAGUGGUUCAAGGCCCUGGGGCAGAACCCCCGUCUUGCCAAAGGGGGCGGCCAGAGCAGACGAGCCCAUUGGUGGCACCUCUCUUGGCUUGCUCCUGGCACCUCCUGGCCAGGCGGGAGGUCUGUGUUGCUGGGUGGGUUCAGUGGGGUGAGAGGCCCUGGGCGAGAGCGGUGCUGAGCCCCUGGAGAAAUUGAGCUUCAGGGGUCUUGGGGGUGGAGAAGCCCCUGGCUGCUGUGAUGGGGCUCAGGAUUGGCCCUAGUGCUGCCUCUGCUCUCAGGGAUAGCCCUGAUGUGCCUGUCCCCCCCUUUUUUCUUCCAGCUGUUCCAAAAGUGCUGCCUGGUCCAAAGGAUACUGGAUGCCUGGGAGACCAACGACAAAAUGCAGUAAGGCUCCUUCCCCUCCUGCUGGGGUCUUGGCUCUGCAUGUUCCUCCAGAGAGCCCUGUCCCCCAUGGCAUUGGCAGUCCAGGGACAGCUGCCCUGCAGUGCAGGACAGGCCCAGAAGUGUCCGCACCAGCCGGCCACAGCCUCCUCAGCCUCAAGAAGGAGGCUGUGACAUGCAAGCAGCCUUUGGUCAAGAGCUGAUCUCCCCCUGGUGAGGGUCCCUCGGGUGGGUGCCUCACCUCUACGAGGUUAGCGAGGCCUUCCUGACACCCCUCAGUUCCUAACUAAUGUGUCAGUGUUGAUUCUGCCCUGGCUUAAGAGUGGCUGUCCAGGGUAUCGUAGACUCUAAGAGCAGGCCUAGGCAAACUCGGCUCUCCAGAUGUUUUGGGACUACAACUCCCAUCAUCCCUAGCUAACAGGACCAGUGGCCAGGGAUAAUGAGAGUUGUAGUGCCAAAACAUCUGGAGGGCCGAGUUUGCCUAGGCCUGCUCUUAGAGUUGGAAGGGAACCCUAAAGGACAUCUAGUCCAACCCCCUGCCCUGCAAUACAGGAACCGCCGACCUUCCGAUUGGCAAGCCCAAGAGGCUCAGUGGUUUUGACCACAGCACCACCCACAGCUCCCUUUUACAACACGAGUCAGUAGACGAUGAGGGGCGUAGAAAUGUGAUAUGUACUAGCAAUAAAAUAAUCUCAACUAACGGACUGGGCCAUCCAACCUCUGCUUAAAAACUUCCAGGGAAGAAGAGCCCAUUCCACAGUUGAAGGCUCUCCUCUUCGGAAAAUUCUUCCUGGUGCAGAAGUGUUUCUCGGGGGGGGGGGUGUUCCCUUCCUGGACUGGAGAUGCCCUUGGGAGUUCUGCACUCCAGGCAGGUGCUCUCUGCCCCUGAGCUGCUGCAGUCCUCCCAGCCCACGGGUGGCUCAGGCAGCAGCUGAGGAGAGACCUUCCCAACGUGGAGCCGCUCCUCACAGUUUAUUUUUCCAGGGCAGAAGGCGGAAUGAGGCGAGGCAACAUGGGCCACCUGACACGGAUUGCCAACGCAGUAGUGCAGAAUACGGAGAAGGGCCCCGUCCAGACCCAGAUCAGCGACUUUGUCCGAGGUAGAAGGAGCCUCUGGCGUCUCGAGCCCCUUCUCUUCGCAGAGCAGUCGGGCUGCCAUCUGAGUGGGGGGUCUGGGGAGGGUGGCUCCCUCCCUCUAGUAUCAGGGGUGCAGUCAGGGAGCCUGGGGGUGUCUGGAGAGGCCCCAGUGGCUUCCCGGCCCCAGAGCUGCCGCCUCCAGAACAGAGGGAGCCCAGCUGCUUCCUCCCUUCUGGGCGGCUGCAAGGCCUUAUCCGUGGCCCCCGUCUUGGAUGCUGAGGCCGUGGGCUGUGCCUGCACCCACAGACGCCUUUGUCCUGCUGGGUUUCAAACAACCCCACACCCAAUUUGGAGCAGUGUUUCCAACCCCUUUCUGGCUGAGGGCCAGCCUGAUCAGGACGGUUGGCUCCUGCCCAAAGCUGCAAGCCCUGAAGGGGCCCAAGGGUCAUCUAGUCCAACCCCCUGCAGUGCAAGAGCUGCAGCGCACGGAUCCCCCAACAAGCCUCUGCUUUGCAGCCUCCCUUGAAGGAGAGCCCACCCUCUUCCCUUUCCAACAGGGGCUGCCUGGCUCCACUUUUCUCCUUGGUUUUGUUCCGCUUUUUCCUUACCUGCCCUUUCGUCGUCUGGGGCUCCUACUGGGAGGGCUUUUCUUGUGACCUGCUCUGCAAACCCUUCAGAGGUGAAGAAUGAGGCAGGAAUGUGUGGAGGGGGGGACAAUUGUGGAAAAAGGUUCCAGGUUCUCUUGGCUAAGGAGCUUCAUGGGGUGACGGUCUGAGGAGCUGGUUGUGGUGGGCAGAAGGGACCCCAUCCAUCCCUCCUGGCAGAGGGCAGCCUCUGGGGUUUGGGGAAGGCCGGUGGCUCCUGCUUUGCCCAGAGGGCAGAGGAGCCCUUGCCAUGUGUAGCAAGCAGGGCGAGCAGGAAUGAGGGGUCAGAGAGGCAGCAAUGGGGCAGUGCCUGGGGGGGAAGGAGGCAUGGGGAAGCACUUUGGGGUCCCUUUCUCCUGGCUCUGGUGGGGGGGGGGGCAAUGUGUAUUUGCUUCCUGACUCCGCCAUCCACGUGACUAACACGAGGCCGAGCAGUGCUGUCGUCUUGUCCUGGGGCCCCAGCCCCAUCUGGGGGAGGGUCUCUGAUAGUGGCCAGGCCGAGAUUCCAGCCCCUUGUUGGCCAGGGACGCCCCACCCCCCGCAAGGAGCAGCACAGGGGUCUCCUCCACAGUCGGAUCCCUAACCCAGGCCUGCCUCUCCUUUUCCUUUGCAGGGCUGCCUGAGGAUUGCAGAGGACGGUGGGAGAGCUUUGUGGAGGAGACGUUGAUGGAGGCCAACCGGAGGAAUACAGUCGACUUGGUGAGCUUGCCCUUCGCUCCCUCUGGAGCCUCUGUUUUGGGAGGGUUCUGAGGAUAGACUGAGCUGCCAUGUGCGGGGCUCCCCAGCAGAGGAAGCUGGUUGUGCCCCUGCUGGCCUAGCUGCUCACCUUGGUCCUCUCCUUCGCAGGUGAGCACGCACCACCUGCACUCCUCCAGCGAGGACGAGGACGCGGAGGGAGCCUUCCCCAACGAGCUCUCUCUCCAGCAGGUAGGGUUCCUUCCAGGAUGUCCUCUGGCUGUUGCUGUUACAGAGCUGUCCAUUGGAGAGCCUGCUGCUGCCUGGCCAAGGGGGCGGCUGCAUUGCAGGGGCUUGGACUAGACGACCCUCUGUGACCAUUGGGCAGAGCUGUCUCUGAGGGCUGCCCAAGAGAAUUGCUUGGGCUUUGCAGCGAGGAGGUGUCCUCCAGCAGGCAGGCAAUGGAGGAGGCUCUUGCUCUGGGCAUCUGCUCUCCCUGCUUACACCCAGGGGGGCCUGGGAUGGUUCGUAUCAUUGCUCUGUAUUUGUUGCAUUCUCACCCCAGGAGCACAGGGUGGCAUAUGGGGCUCUCUGCCCCCAGCCCACCCCAUCUCCUCAUUUAAGCCCCACAACAGCCCUGAGAGGGGGAGUGCCUGCCGCCGCCAUCGUAGUUUCCUUUUCGGUGCUGGGUUGAAGUCUUUUGUAGCUGGCUCUGGCCUUGUCGUGAGAAUGUAAUGCUGUUAGCAUUUUUCUUUGGCAUUUUAUUUUAUGGCUCCGCUGUGUUUGGAUUUAUUAUGAGUUUAUCUUGGUUGUUUGGCUGUGUUUCCUGAAGAGCAGGUUGAAUAAGAAUAAUAUAGUAACAUAAUUAUUAACAGCAACAAAAUGCCACAUACCCAGAGCAUCCCAAUACAGGGCUUGGGCCUUCAGAUGUCUGUGGAAGAAGGAAGUCUAAUUCUCUCUCUCUGGCAUCUGACGGGAGGGUGUUCCACAGGGCGGGCGCCACUACCGAGAAGGCCCUACAUAAACUGUGGCCCAAAGUGUGGCUUUUCCCACCUGGAAGGAAGCGCUUGGUCUUCCUCAGCCCAGGUGUUUCUCUGCAGCAGCACGGUGGCUGGGAUUGGGACCGUCCUUGCGCUUCCAGCUCCCACUCUGCUUUACAGCAUAAAAAUCAUCCCAACUUGCUCCAAUCCAGCUGUUCAAAGAGGCAGAAGCAGCACAGACAAGGUUUCUGAGGAGCACUAGAGCACCAGCCACUUGCUAGGCCCCAAUGCUCGCUUGCAAGGCGGGGUAGAAGAGGACAAGGCAGGCCUCCCGUGGCAGGGAGUUCCACACCCUCAGUGUAGCUCCUCUCUCUGUGUCCUGGUUAGAAGCCACUCGGGAGAGGUGGUCUGUGAACAUCUUGGCUCCAGCGAGGCGGGGGGGGGGGGACAGGCACUGCGCUUGAGCCUCCUCCUUCUGUUCAGCGGCCCUGUUUGAGGCCUGGCCAGCGCUGGUCACAAAGUGGCUCCAAGCGCUGACUGGGGCGGCAGGGGGCUCAGCGCCGGUGCUGUGUAGAUGGUGCAAUAGCUGUUCUCCCCACCUCUCCCCUGCCAGGCCUUCUCGGAGUACCAGAUCCAGCAGAUGACGGCCAACUUUGUGGAUCAGUUUGGCUUCAACGAUGAAGAGUUUUCCGACCAGGAUGACAACAUCAAGUGAGUUCCCCCUCUGCCCCCUUGGUCUUCACCCCAUGAGCAGGUCAGUCUCCCCGUCUGGGAAAUGGAGCCAGGAAGCAGAGGGGCCUGAGGGAGGAGCUCCCCUUUCGGGCAGGGCAGGGCAAGGCUUUCUCCUGGAGGUCACAGGGAACCCUGUGAGGGAGCACUUGAAUCAUUCACUCAGCCCUUCGUUCUGCUGUUUGUGGAUCCCCCUUUGGCCCCCAGGAAAGGAUGCUGUGCAGUGAGGGGAGGCUGCCUGCAGGAAAGUGGAGGGGCAGGCAGCUGCAGGGACCAGUCAGAGCCGAAGAGCCCCCUUCCCCUUUGGGAAGCUUCUUUGUGAAUGAAGACCUGGGUGAGGGGAGCAGCUUUGGACGGAGACCCCUGCAACCCCUGCAGCCCCCCUUCUCUGCAAGCGCACGGGCAGGUUUGCUGGAUAAUGAUGAUAAUAAUAAUAAUAAUAAUAAUAAAUUUUAUUUAUACCCCGCCCUUCCCUGCCAUGACCGGGCUCAGGGUGGCUAACACCAAAUAUAUGAUACACUAAAAACAAAAUCAAACAAUUGAUUAAAAUACAGCUUAAAAUUAAAACCAGGAUGAAAUUAAAUGGCAGCCCACGAAUCACACCCAUAGGGGUAGGGAACAUCAAGUGUUUGCCAGGGCCAGCUAUCCAUGCUGGUCCCCUAUGAGCUGAUAAAAAGACGUCCUUGAUGCCCGGCCUUUUCCCCAAGGAGCUCAGGACAGGCUCUGUGGGGCCUCCCUCUGCCCUCCAUCCUCACAGGAGCCUGGUCUGGUCGGCCAGCCCGUCCCCUCUGAAGAGCAGCUUCCUUGCUCGGGGUCCCUGAGGUGGGAGCUGCUUCCGGCCCCCUCCCAAUGGGCUUCUUUCUCCCUCUUUUCCAGCGCACCUUUUGACAGAAUUGCGGAGAUCAACUUCCACAUUGAUGCCGACGAUGACAGUGUAAGCAGCUGAGCUGGGUGUGUUUGGGCAUCUGUCUGUGUCGGUCGGGGGAGACACUUUACGGGGCUCCUUGCUCCGCUUCACGGCCGCUCUCUUGCCAUCUGCCCUGCCCCCAGUGCUGUUCAGCACCUCCAGUGAAGCAGCUGGGCCACGUUGCCAGGCGGUUGGGGCAGCAGUGCCACCAGCAUGUGGGCAUAACACACAGCUUUCCCUCUCCUUGCCACCUCAUGAGGAGUCUGCUUGUGCAGCGCAGAGGGAAUGUUCCCUGGGGAGGAUGCUGUUCCCUGGUGCCGCCUCUGUGAAGGCAGGAGGCCGUCAUGGCACAGAGCGGGGAGAGGAUGCACAGCAUCCCACGAUGCCCUCCCUUUGCUCAGUUCACAUGCUUCCGCACCAGAGACUUGGGGCAGCCACUCUGGGGCCCCUGGUCGCCAUCUCUGUUUGGCGCCUUCCUGGGCGCUUGGACUGAGAGGCGCAGGCCCAGAGCUGGGCAGGCGAUGGCAGCGGCAGCUUCUCUGGAAGCCCCCCGAAUCCUGACCCUCCGUCUCCCCCUUUACUGCAGCCCAACGCAUCCCUGUUUGAAGCCUGCUGCAGCGAACGAAUCCAGCAGUUUGAUGACGAGGAAGAGGAAGACAUCUGGGAGGAGAAGGAAAUCAGCUACACCGCCCAAGUCAAGUCCAGGACGCGGUAGGGGGGCUUUCCGCCUCUCCUUAGGUCUGUCCAAGGGGCAAUAGGAUCAUGGGGUUGUAGGAUUGGAAGGGGUCCCAGGGGUCAUCUAGUCCAACCCCCCGUAAUGCAGGAGUCUCAACUACUAAAGCAUCCAUGACAGAUGGCCCCCCAACCUCUGCUUAAACACCUCCAGUGAAGGAGCGUCCACUACCUUCCCUAUAUGUGAUGGAGGGACCUCCUAUUUGCUUUUGGUGACUGAAGCACAAUGGACAAUAUGAUACAAUAAUCGUUAUUGUCAUUGUCCCAUACAGAACAACAAAAUUAAAAAUCUACAUCAGACAUUCAGAAACCAACAAGUCUGCUAUCCCAGCCUGGUUAGCCCCCUAAAAACUCUGAUACCCCAUAAUUAAAUACAAUAUGCUCCCACAGAGACUACCUUACACUGCGUUUAAAACCAAAAUUUUAUUUGGAUAGAAACUUUCUUAGGCGGCUAGUCCUAGUCUUUAGAACCCUGUACCUUCUUCCAGAAGGCAGAAGCUGAAAGAGAUCAUUUCCGGGGUGCGCACUAUCCUGCACUAUCUCUGCAGCUUUCUUAUGGCACCUGGAAGCAUAGAUUUGAUCCAAGGUGGGAAGAGGGCACCCAAUUAUCCUCUCCGCAGUCUUUACAACCCUGGACAGCAUUGUUUUUCCCCUGACCGUGCAGCUCCCAAACCACACGCACAGACCCGAUUCCUUCUUAAAAAUAGACUGAAAACAGGUGAAAAUUUGCACCACCUUUCUCGACUGAGGAGCUCACAGGAUUAUUCCUUCUGAAACAGGAAGUCCGUGGCUCACCUGGGUGGCCUGGUUGGGUGGGGGGGUCAGUUUAGAGGACCUUGAAGUGCUCCCCAGGCGUCCUGAGAGUGUCAGAGCAGGGGGCUGGUCCCGGAACUUGCAGGGGCCUCCCAGGAGCCUCAUGGCUGCCUUGCCUUCCGUUCCUGCCUUCAGGUUUGGCACUUCCGGUGCGUCGGAGGGAUCCUCCAAAAGCGAUCUGGAGAACGGAGGCCACGAUGGCAGCCCAGACUCUGGGGAGGAGGAGUCCGAACAGGCCGCUGUGCCACAGCCGCCCCCUCCUGCACACGCCGAGGGCAACGGCAGCCUCCCAGAGGGCAGAGGGGCGGCAGCGCCCCCUCCUGAAGGUAAGAGGUCUCUGAAGGAGCGGGGCGGGGGCUGCCAACCUGGGACCUCUGCACAGCAGCUCUUUCUGGUGGGUUUGGAAGGGCUGCCUGACCGCAGCACCAUCCCUUUUGGAAUGACGCCCCCCAGGGUGCUCGGGGGUGGCCAGGAAAGCCUGCUGGAAAAGAAGGGAGCUGUGGGAGGGGCAUCACUCCAGACCCUCCCCCUUGGUCGCCCAGUGGGGUGCAGGAGGGCCUGGCUCCGCAGGACAAAAGCAGCUGCCCAGGGGCGGCUCUCUGCUGGGCUGUGGGGCCCCCUGGGCUUGGCCAGGAGCUGCUCCUGCGACCAGCGGCUUUGAGCAGGGGGGCUUCCCUCAUUUUCAUGAAGGAAAGGUUUCUGUGCUGCUUUUUCCUUUUCCAAAAGAAUUGCCACGUGCCUCACACUGUAGUAAACGGUAGCAAUUACUUCCAGUGAUAUUCGUUUGUCAGUCAGGAAUAAAAAGCCAGAAAUCCUCACUAAAGCCUAGUGAAAACAAGGGUCAGAGGGCACCCAACUGAGCAGGGUGGUCUUCAGUUGGGGACAGAAGCACCCCACGGUGCGUGCCCCCCUGAUCUCCGCAGAGAGAGCAUCCCUUGUGGUGAGUGCCAGAGAAGGCCCUUUCCCCCUCCCCACUAGAGGGAGCUCUCUAGCAGUCAAGAGGGUCCCACCCCCAGCCUGCCCUGCCCUGGUCUUCUCCCGCAUCCCAUGGCAAUGGCCGUGGCUGCUCCUUGUCUGAACGCAGCUGCUCAGUCCCAGCUGAUCUCCCCAUGUGGUUGUGAUCUCCCCUCUCUGGCGGCUGAGCCAGGCUCCUCCGGGCAGUUGCAGGCCUAGAGCCACCUGGUGAAGGCUGGACUCAGAGGAACUGCUGACUGAUUCCAUCUCUGCAGGGUCUGGGUGGACGGCUGCCUUUGAGCCGGUGAACGCCAAGGCCCCGCCAUCGUGUGUGGCCAUGGAUGUCGGAUCCAGCGUGUGGGACUCUGCCACCCCAGACACAAAGACCCCGGAAGAGAGAGGCUGGGCCAAGUUCACAGACUUCCAGCCCUUUUGCUGGUGAGUGAGCCGCAGCCGUCCUCCGGGACACAGAUGAGCAUGCGGAAUGGGAAACGUGCCUGAUCCGGUCAAAGGUCUGUCUCCUCCAGUGCUUGGCCUCUGUCCGCAGCCAGACGCUUGCCCCCUUCCUUCCUUCCUUCCUUCCUUCCUUCCUUCCUUCUUGGAAGCUACUAAGGCCGGCCAGAGGCCCUGACCCGCCCUCUCUUCCUGCUGGUGCCCCCCCCCAUGGGCUUUAGGCAAGAUCAAGGGUCAGCAAAAUUUUCCAGCAGUGGGCCAGUCCACUGUUCCUCAGACCUUGUGGCGGGUUGGAGAAGUGGCACCGGGGGGGGGGGGCUGGAAGAAGAGGCGGAGGGGGCAAGUAGUCCUCCUCCCCAGCCCCAGCCGCUGCGCUUACCUUCCCAGGGGCUGCUUCUGCUUCUCGUCCGCUCUCUGUCCCACAGGAGCACCAGGGCGGCGGCGGGAGGAAGAGGCCGAGCGGCAGCGGCUCUGCCAAUCAAACUCCAUGCGUGGUUUACCUCAGCCAGGCGUGGGGACAUCUCUGCCAAUCCAAUGCCACUGGGGUGAACCAGGUGCAGCAUUUGAGUGGCAGAGCUGCCGCCACUUGGCCUCUUCCGUCCCCACCGCCGGAAGUCUCUGCUGCGUGGCAGGUUCCAGCUUCACGGUGCGGGCCAGAUUUAGGACCCAGGUGGGCCUGAUCCGGCCUGGGGGCCUUAGUUUGCCGACCCCUUGGCAAGAUCCUCUCGCACUGCAGCCCCGGUUCCAGCGCGAGAAACACCCCCCUUCAGCGCCUUUUCCCUUCCAGCUCGGAGGCCGGCCCCAGGUGCAGUUCCCCCGUGGAUACCGAGAGCAGUGAUUUGGAAGGGAAGCCCAAGCAAAGCCAGGACAAGAACUGUGAGUACUUCCUCCCCCCCCCACCACGUGGAAGGGGGCCAACGGUGGGCAGUUAGCCCCUUUUCUCCCCCUCACACUUACCCACACUCCUGGAAGCCUUGCACUCGCUCCCCCUUUCCUGGGGGGGGGGAAGGAGGAGGCAGUGUUAGGGCAUUGCCUGGAGCUGGGGGGGGUGGGCAACUGGUGCGGCUCAUCUCCUGCAAGGGGGGGCGUUUCAGGCUGUGAGGGCAGCUCCCAGCCCUUUUCCCUGUGGGUGAGUGACCAGGGGAGGGGGACUGGCCGUUUCUCCGGCCUGUCCUUCCUCCCCAUAUCAAGAGGGGCACUUCACCCAGUCCAGCCAGCUGGUCCCUCAGGACAUCACCCCCGUUUUUAAGAUUGGGGUGUCCUGGGAGGCAGCAGAAAGCAGCAGCUCCCAAGCCCGAUGGCAGAAAGCUUAGAGGGGCUUUGGGAGCAGAGGUUUCUCAUAGGGUUGAAAGAAUAACGAAGGAAGGAGAGAUCAGACUCAAGCACAAGCCAACAGUUCCUUGGGUUGCUUUGGGGGGGCAGAUUGCCAGCCCCAGCCCCGCCCCUGUGAGGUGCAGCUUCUUCUACAGAGCAGGAGCCAGAGUGCUGUCCGUGGAGAUGGUAUUGCUGCAAUUCUGCUGGUCCUUCAGUUAUCUGCAGAAAUUUUAAGGAUUCCCAAUCAAGUCAGAGGGUGGGCCUCAUCCUGGCAGAGCCUGGGCUUCUGCUGCUCAGAGUCCAGGCGUUCCCCUUCCGGCAGAGUCUGUGCCUCGGAGGUCCUGCUGCCGCGCGGCUGCUGCUCUGGCGUCCCAGGAGAGCCCUGCCGGGUGGGCCUCACACACUCUCUCCCCGUCCAGUCAGCGCUGCCUCUCCUUGCGUGUGGAACGUCUGCGUUGCACGGAAAGCGCCUCUGGUGGCCUCGGACAGCAGCUCCUCUGGUGGCUCGGACAGCGAGGAAGAGGAGGAGAAGGCGGCGGGUGUUGUCACGGAAACCAUCAGCACGGGCUCAGGCCAGGAGACCAUCAAGCUGACGAUGGAUGCCAAGAACGAGAAGGCGCUCUUUACCAGGUGUGAGGAGGGAGCGCAGCAAAGGCCGGCGCAGGAGGGGCGGGAAUGAAGGCCAGCUUGGGUGGGCCAGGCUGGUGCCGCUGUGCAGAGACCCCCAGGUGGGCAGCCUCUUUCCGGAGGGGCUGGAAAAGGCUUGUGGUGUAGGAGGGCCUGCAGAGGCUGUGCGCAGCUCGGGCCACCAAGCAGCUCUCUGGUCUGCAGGAGCCUCAGAGCAGUUGAUGCUGUGCUGGUCCAGAGAGGAGGCGUAGAAAAGUGCUGCCCCCCCCCAAGAAUAGCUCCCCUUCCCCUGACGAAAGGCCUCUGGGGCCUCUGACUCUCGCUCAGUUGCCCAGAAGCUCCUCGGAGGCGUCCCAGGUGGGCCGUUCCUGCCGUGAGGGGAAGCUGCGCAGCCAGGGGAGAGAAAUCACCAAUGGAGGCUUAUCUGAUAAUAAUGCCGAGUUCUCGUGGCCUGAGAUUUUGUGGAGAAAAGUGCACUUUGUCAGUGCUGCCUUCAACACUAUUUAUACAGAAAGAAAAUGGGAAUACAGUGGUGCCCCGCAAGACGAAUGCCUCGCAAGACGGAAAACCCGCUAGACGAAAGGGUUUUCCGUUUUGGAGGUGCUUCGCAAAACAAAUUUCCUAUGUGCUUGCUUCGCAAGGCGAAAAUGUCUUGCGAGUUCCUGCGGGGUUUUUUUCCUUUCCCCCCCCCUUUUUCCCAAGCCGCUAAACCGCUUAUCAGCUGAUGGCUAAGCCGCUUAACAGCUGAUGCUAAGCCGCUUAUCAGCUGAUCGUUAAGCCGCUUAUCAGCUUAUCGUUAAGCCGCUUAUCAGCUGAUCCACUAAGCCCGCUAAGCCGCUAAUACUGUAGCACUAAUCCGCUAAACCGCUAAUGGGCUUGCUUCGCAAGACGAAAAAACCCGCAAGACGAAGAGACUCGCGGAACGGAUUCUUUUCGUCUUGCAAGGCACCACUGUACAUGGCAGCAAAAAGGACGACGUAGAGGCUGCUUACAGCUUAAGAUCAGAAAAAUGAUCGUUUCCAGGAAUUAUGGAAACAGGAGCAUGUCAGGGACGCUCCAUGCUGAAAGCUAAACUGGCAGCCUCUGCCUGCUGCUUUUGCGUGGAAGGAAGGGCGCUACUGUCGGGGGACAGAAUAUGCCCUGUGGGCAAAUGAGCCAGAGGCCAGCGUUGCCAGCUCUUGUGUGGUAGUGUUCCCUAGCCCCAAACCUGGGUGGAUGAGGGGCAGAGUUGGCGUCUUGGUUUUUUGCUGGAUCUGGCCCCUGCAGUUGUGGCUUGGCUCUUGCUGGUAAGGACGUGUCUGGGGGGAAGGUUGUCUGCAAGCAAGGUCAGCCCCAGGGCUUGAGGUGUGGGGCAGGGGCAGGUUUGGGGUGCAAAUGCCCGGGAAAAGCUGGAGGUUGUUGUUGACACGCUGGUUUUUGCUGUAGGUGAGAAAAAGUGGCAUUUGCUCAGCUUCUCUGGGUGCCUUCCCGGGUGCCAGUGAGCUUCAUUGAGUCUCCUUUAUUGUCAUUCCUUUGGACUGUGUUUGCCUCCAUUGUGGCCUGGGAGGAGCAAGAGGGCAGGUGGAGGGAGGCUUGUGAGGGGGCACGACACCUGUCUCUUACCUGCUAAAUUUGCUGUCAACGUUUCCAUUCCUUUUGAUGCUGAAAUUCCUACUGCUCUUGCAAAGGGGGGCUUUAGAUGUGCAGAGGAGUAGCGCCUAACUCCUGAGGUCCAGCUUUGCUGCUCCCUGCCAGAAACUGGGGCAGGGGACUCAGGCCGUGAGCAGUGGGGUUGGGGCGCAGGACCCUCCGCGGGGGCCACAAGGCCAGCAGGGGGCUUGGCACGGAGUGCUAGGUGUUGCCUGAGCUCUUUUCCAGGCGGUUGGCACCAGCGUAUGAAGGGCGUCUCACCAACGGGUGAAAUUACCCUGCCUCCCGGUCCCGACCCAAGUGCCAGCCCUGCCCCCUCAGCUGACCCACAAAGGGGCCCUGGCGAGUGGGGAUGCAGGCUCAGAGAGUGCCCUCUCAGUGGAGAUGGGGAAGAGUCUGGCCAUGUGCUGCCAGGCCAAAGGUGGAACCAGCCCCUUCACAAGAGCUCCUUGUCCUGUUGAGAUGGCGUGUGAAAUGGACCCUGAAGGGGGUCUGGGAGCGAGACUUCCGCUGUGGGGUUGGAGGGGGAAGGGUCCUGCAGCCAGUCAGCAAAUUUCUGUGGCAGCCCCCUCCCUCCCCCCCUUCCGUGUUGCUUCCCUGAUCCCUUCCAGCAGGCUUCACCCAGGUGGGGUUUGGGGGGAGUCCAUUUAUGCAGUAGGACCUCCCUCUCUGGACUCCCUGUUCUGGGGCUCGCUCUGACCUUCCAGCCUUGGCAGAGGGUGGGGGCGGAAGUCCGGUUGCCAGAGUGGGUCCCGUUCCCUUGCCACAGCCUAGUGGACUCCUGCCAGGGGCUUUCCUGGUUGGGGGCUGUGUCAUCCCCUCUGCUUCCGCUUCAGGGGGUGCUUUUGAGGUCUGGGACUGGCUGGUGGAGUCAUUCUGGGUGCCCUGGUUGGGAGGGGGGGAGGGGUGAUGGGUGGGGCCAACAGUGAGUGAGCGAGGAGGGUGGGCUGGUUUUGCAGCCAUUUUUAUCUUUCUCUCCCUUUCUCUCUCUCUCUCUGUGUCCUUCUCUCUCUUUGUGGGUCUUGCUCAGAAUAAUAAGGCCUGGCGCUGGAGGGUAUGUAUCCUGGUCCCCACGGCAGGGUUCCAAACAUCCACCGGACAGCGCACUUCUCCUGUGCACCCAGCUAGCCAAGGGGGCUUUUCCCUCCCAGGUGCCCCCUCCCUCCCUGAGUUAGCAGCCUCUUCCCCCUCUUCAGGGCUCGUUCUGCAAGGAGGAAUUGCCCCUCCAAGAGGGAGAAGAGGCCUCUGCCCAGCCGCCCCAGGGACCCCCACCCCAGCUGCAGGGGGUGGAAGGGGGAGCCUCCAAGGUGUGGGUCCCCCAAGCAGGACCUGUCCCCCCUCCUCUGCAAUGCUGGCUGGAAGCUGCCCUGUUGGGGGCGCUCUUUGCAUAGGGAGCACAUCACCCUGGGGAACAAGGCAACCUGGCAGCAGGCAAAUUUCUUUCCAAGUUAAAACCCCAACUUUUCAAAAAUCCAAAGAGCAGCCUUUUUGUACCUGGGGUUGGAGUGGAAGGGGACCAGGCCUCCGGCUCAGCCAGCUUCUCCCUUGGUGGAUGCAGGGAGCGUGUGAGAUGGGCAGGAUCCUGUGCCCCGCCCCCAGCCCUGUGAGCCCCACAGCAAGGCUUCUCCCAGGAGCCUUCAGACCUCUCGGUCUACCGGGAGCAGCGGCUCAGCGUGAGAGGAGCUUGCGGCUCUCCUGUGGCCGAUGCACAUGACCCCCCCCCCGGCCUUGGAGGAAUUGCCCUGCAGAAGGGGGGCCCCGAAGGAGACUGAGGUUUCUUGGUGUCAGUCCAGGUCUUGGCUGCUGGACUCCUGGCUGUGUUCCUGGCUUGGAGGCUGGGCUGUGUCCUGCGUGUUCUGAGCAGCCCCUGCCCCCUCCCCAUUUUAUACAUCUCUGCCUGAACCCCCAUAGCUGCUGCUGCUGCUGCUUUCCUUGGCUGUCAGACUCAGGAACUGAAUCAGGAGGCAGGCGGGGGCUGCCCUGCUCUGUCUAGAUGGCCGCGGCAUUGCACCAGUAAUGGGCUGAGAGGCUUCAUCGCUGGCCAGGGGGCUGCUCUGAGCCUCCCUCUCCCUCCAGAAGAAAGGUGUGGGGCCCCCCUUGCACGCCUUGAGGCCUCUGCUCAGCUGCACUGCACCCCUUUGGAGCAGAAACUUGCCAGGGCCCUUGGCUGGGGCAGCAGGGAUCCUCUGGCAGGGAGGAGUCAGGAGGGGGCCUGGCCGCUGGCCCCUCACAGCCUCCCCUUGGCUGCUGCAGGAAGUAUUUAGCCCCAGCUUCUCAUUGGCCUAGAGGAGUGGCGCUGCAUUGUCUCUGUGGAUGUUUAGGGCUCUCCUGGGGGGGGCGCUGCUUUCCAUGGCUGCUCCUCAUGGACCCCGCAUGGCUUGGGGCUUCCUCCUUUCCCCCACCCCCAAGCAUGCCCCCCAGCAUGAUGCCAGGUGCCCCCGCCCCUGCCUCUCUGCCCGCCCCAGCCCUGCCACUAACUGAGCCUGCUUGCCAGAGCACCUUCCGCAGAUCCUUUGCCCACUAACCCAGCUGGGAGGCCUCCCUCUGCAAGAUCUGGCGCUCCCAGCCCCACUGCAGUCCGCUUGAGCGGCUGGGCUCAGUUUCUCCUGUCACCCAGGAGCGGCUCCAGAGCCAGACGUGAAAUUGCAGAAGCUUCUCCAUUGGGGUUUGGAAAAGCAGCUCUCACUGGGAAGCUGGGAAGCUGUGUGGCUUGGCAUGGCUGCUGUUUGCAUCCAGGCUGUGUUCUCUGUGUGGCUUUUGGGGUGUAUGCCCAGGGACUGCCCCCCUGUCUCUGCUGGAGCCUGAGGCCGUGUGUGUUUGGCAUCUAGUAUGGCUGAGGUGUUGCGGAGGCAGCUCCUCUCCGCCUCUUCCCCAGACAGAUCAGUUUUUCCUGCUCCCCUUGCAAAGGAGCAAACCUUUUCUCGCUGCCGCCUCCUGCCCUACCUUGGCCCUGAGAGCUGCCAGGGCACCUGCCAAGGGAAUGGCUCUCUGGUGAGCUGUGGCCUCCCGACAGCAGCAGCAGCAGCAGCAGCAGGAAGGCCAUUUUGCUCCAUCUUCCCAGAGGAAGGAGAGGCAUCAGAUGAAGCAGCUGCUCCUCUUGUCCUUCAGCUGUGCCGAGCCUGAGGCAGCUAGAGCGUCACAUGGGCACCAUUCAGAGCCACUUGGGAGUAUUUCUCUUGCCCGUGGGUCUGUGGGGUGGGAGGCCAUUGCUGCUCCUCUGGGCUGCCCCAUUGGGAGCCCUGCCGGGGUGAGUAGGGGGAAGAAAGCCUCCUGCUGCAGGAGGGAGUUUUCUUUGGUGGAAGAAUUGGGCUCUGGUUUCCAGCCAAGGGGGUGAUGCAGCAGGAGGGAAGGGAAAGCAAAACCUGGCCCCCUGGCACAGCACUGGCAGCAGGCGGGGCCUGGGAGGAGGUGGCCCCAUUCUCCUCCUCAGGGCUGAAUGGCAUUUACUUCUCAAAGCAUCAUUUUCUUUGAAGAAGUCUUUACCACGUACGUUUUCAUACUGAUAGAUAUAUAUAGAGAGAGAGAGGUUUACCUAAAAACAAUGGGUGGCAUUCAGGCAGUGUUCCAAAUUAGCCAGGCCCCAGUUACCUUUUACUCCUGGCCAAGUGAAGAUGUCUGGGUGCCAGAGUGGCUCCUGUUGUCUCCACCAUCUGGGGAUCCCUGGAUCUGGACUGUUUUCACACACUAAGACCUCAUCCUGUAGAAUUCUAUCAGUUAUAUUUAUCUGCACAAUCAGAAUGAAUUUCAGGAACCAAAAAGCCAUAUUGUAGCAUCUGGUACAAACAUGACAACUAGGCCCCCCAUUUUGGCGACUAACCCUGGUGUAAGGAGCCAUUUGGCGCCCGGCUUAUACAUCUGAGUUUCCAGCACUGUAUUCAGGUAAGACCUGUUGAAAUCAGUGAAGCUGCCUUGGCUCUGUUCCUUGAUUUCCGUGGGCCUUCUCUGAGCCAAGCUGAGUUGAAUGCCACCUGGCAGAAAUGCUGCAACAUUCAAGACGGUGUUCUGAAAACUAGAGCAAAGUGAGAUACAAACAAAAUACAGAAAUAGCGCUCUCUCCCCAUUAAUCUGAGCCGUCUGCAUCUCCUUGCAAGGCCACCUGCUGCCUCUGCCUCUGCCUCUCCCAUCUCCCCCCUCCUCCGUGGGGCUUCCCAGGGAGGUGGGUGCUGCCCCCCAGGAGCAGGAGGAAGAGGAGGCUGCCUGCCUUCCGCCUUGUCACCUGCUGACCCCCUUGCCAGGGGCUCCCUUGCUGCAAGGCGGGCAGAAAGCUGCAUAGGGCACGGCUUGGCAGGCGGAGAGCCUCCUCCCCCUCCCUGUAUGCCCUGCUGUGUUUUGACCUGGCCCAGGCACUUUUUUUUUGGGGGGGGGAACGACACAGGUCUCCUUGUGAGGGUGCAACGCAGGGAGAGGGGUGGGAAUCGGUUCUGCCUGCUUGAGGGCUUCCCUCUCAGUCCCGCCUGGGGGGGGGCAGCUUCCGCUGCUGCCAAUCCUGGUGUGGUGCUGGGUGAAGGAAGCAGGGAGCUCUGGUGGGGGGGCAUCCGCUCCUGACCCCCAUUUAGAAAAUAGCAGCACUUCAGAGGCGGCACUUAUUCCCCCCCCCCGAAGCUUUCCUCCUUGCUCUCUUCAGCCUUAAACUAGGGCAGGUUGAAGCAAUCCCGUCAGAAUGGUGCUGUUGGGUUGCUGUGCUGACGGCCGGGGGUCCUGCCCUAUUGUUUCUGGCUUGGGGUCCGCAAGUGGGGGGCAGAGCUGCUGAGCAUGUUGGGGGGCUGGUGGGGCAAAGCGGCUCACGAGCGCAGGAUAGGGCAGCCCUGAGGUGGCAGCAGCUGCCCCAAGCGCUGCUUUGCAUCAAGGUUUUGACCAGGGGCUCAGAAAGUGGGAAGAGCCCCCCAGAGUCAGAGGAUUGGGGGUUGGGGGGGGGGUUCAAAUGCCAGGAAGGGGGGCAGGGGGAUCAGGAUGGGCCAGAGCAGAGGAGAGGGUGGGAUCCUGCCUUAGUGCACUGCUUCCAAUCCCCAGGAGGAGCCUCAGCUGGUGUUGAGCAUCUCUGGCUUCUGUGGGAGGGCAGGCACCGCCCCCCCCCCACGUGGAGACCCUGAGCCCCCUCAAAAUCCCCCUUUCAGCCCAGGGCAGGCUUGUGUGUGGGGUCUGGACAUGCCUUCUGUGGGGAGUAGGGGUGUGUGUGUGUGUGUGCGCGCGCAGUUCUACCUGAUGGAGCCCUGAUGGGUUUGGAACUCCAACCCUGCCUGGGACCGGGAUUUGGGGGCCCCCUUUCAGGGCUUCUGUUCUGGCAGGCGGUUGGGCCUCUUCCCCCCUCGGGGAGCAGUGUUGCUGGGUCUUUGGCCCUUUGCGGCUGGUGCAGCGUCAGGGUCUGCUUCCUCCCAGGAGGGACCCCCUUGGGGCUGUGUAAUGUGAGCUUCCGUUCUCUCCCUGCAGCAUGGGGAGCUCCCAGGUCGCGGACAAGCCGCCCAGCACCGUGGAGAGUGGACCCCCCCAGCCCAGCACUGCCACCGCCAGCCUGCCGCCUGAGGGUCUCUUGCCGGGUUCUCCUGCCCCUGCUGCUGCCCCUGCUGCUGGCGCCACCCCAGAGGCCAAGAGAGACAGGUGAGGGAGGGUGCUGGUCGCUGUGCCAUCUCUGGGUCUUCCCUGGCCGGGGGUGGGGGGUGCUGCGGGGAGCCUGCCAGCCCGGGGUGUUGUGUCUGCAGGGACCAAGUCACAGGAGCCAAGAGAGCGUCUUUUUUUAUAUAUAUAUAUAAGAUAUUUAUUAAGGUUUUUUGAAAUAGUACAGUGAAAAUGAAAAAGAAAAAAGAAAAAUACAAAAUAAAAACAGUUAAAAGCACACAUAUUUUCUAUUACUUAUUUUCCUUUAGCUUGUUUCCCGGACCUCCUCAUACCUCCCUUUUUUGUAUUCCACUUCAGUUUAUUGGUUCAGCAAAUCCUUACCAUUAGAUUUUAACCCAUUUAUAACCCUUUUUUCAUAUUCUCUUGGAACAUUACAGCUGGAAACCGCUUAAUUACUAUCCAACAUCAUUCUAUCAUUCAUUAAUUUUACAAUAUUUCUGUAAAUAGUCUUUAAAUUUCUUCCAAUCUUCUUCCACCGACUCUUCUCCCUGGUCUCGGAUUCUGCCAGUCAUUUCUGCCAAUUCCAUAUAGUCCAUCAGCUUCAUCUGCCAUUCUUCCAAAGUGGGUAGAUCUUGUGUCUUCCAAUACUUUGCAAUGAGUAUUCUUGCUGCUGUUGUAGCAUACAUAAAAAAAGUUCUGUCCUUCUUUGGCACCAAUUGGCCGACAAUGCCCAGAAGAAAGGCCUCUGGUUUCUUCAAGAAGGUAUAUAUAUAUUUUUAAAAUGAUAUUUAUUAGGGUUUCAAUAAAAGAUUAAACAGAAAAACAUAAAAGAGAAAUACACAAUUCAAAAAUGCACAAUACAUAAUCCAAAAAACAUAAAAAAACAAAAAACAAAAGACAAAAAAGAAAAAGAACAGUUAAAAACAAUAUCACCUUUUCAUUUCCAUCUUUAAAUUUACUUAUUUUCUGGACCUCCUCAUACCUCCCUCUUUUGUAUUCCAGUUCAAAUUGUUUGUCCAGCAAUUUCUUUCCCUCUUUUUUAAUCCCAAUCUUUAAUCUUAAUAUAAUAUAACAUUAAAAUUUUACCUCUUAAAACCAAAUUUCCAUUUCCUUAAACUUCUUUAAUCCUAAUCCUUAAUCUUAGUCUAUCUAUAACUUUGAAUCCUGUACAGCUGGAAACCACUUAUUUUCAAUCCAACAUCACUCUAACAUUCUUUAAUUUUGCAGUGUUUCUGUAAAUAAUCUUUGAAUUUCUUCCAAUCUUCCUCCACCGACUCUUCUCCCUGGUCCCGGAUUCUACCAGUCAUUUCCGCCAGUUCCAUAUAGUCCAUCAGUUUCAUCUGCCAUUCCUCCAGCGUGGGAAGUUCUUGUGUCUUCCAGUACUUUGCAAUGAGUAUUCUUGCUGCUGUUGUUGCAUACAUAAAGAGAGUUCUAUCCUUUUUUAUCACCAUUUGGCCGACUAUGCCCAGGAGAAAGGCCUCUGGUUUCUUGGGGAAGGUAUAUUUGAAUACCUUUUUUAAUUCAUUAUAUAUCAUUUCCCAGAAAGCCUUAAUCUUUGGGCACGUCCACCAAAGGUGAAAAAAUGUACCUUCAGUUUCUUUACAUUUCCAACAUUUAUUAUCGGGCAAACGAUAGAUUUUUGCAAGCUUGACUGGGGUUAUGUACCACCUGUAUAUCAUUUUCAUAAUAUUCUCUCUUAGGGCAUUACUUGCCGUAAAUUUUAUACCUGUGGUCGUGAUCUUUCAAGAACCUGUCCUUAUCAUUAACUGAUCUUAUUUUUAUCUUUCUUCCUUUAUAUUUAAAGGAUAGGCCUUGAGGAAAUUCCCACCUGAAAAGAAUUCUAUUUCUUUUCAACAGGGCAACUAGGUCUCCGUAGUUAAACCUUAAGUCCAAAAGAUGUUUUGGAAUGUCCUUAAAUAUCACCACACUUGAGUCGUAAAUUUCCAAAGUCUUUUGAUAGUGCAAAUUCAAAAUUUUGUCUCUCUCUUCUUUUGUUCGAAGGGUAAUCAAGCAGUUCCUCACCUUGUUCCUGCUUUGUCCUCUUCCAAGUCUAAAUGCAUUCACUAUCUUAAAUUCUUCCUUCCCCAAGUCCUGUUGCCAAAAAUCUGUAAAUUCCUGUGUAAGAAAGUCAGCCAGGUUAUCUUUCUCCCGUUCUGGUACGGCCCUGAUUCUUAAAUUUCUUUGUCUCUCUUUCAAUUCAAUCAUAGACAAUGUCAAAUCGUGGUCCUCCAAUUUCUUAUAUACUGGUGGUAUCUUCUCUUGAAUAGCAGUUGCAAUAUCUUUUGCUUCUUCGGCUAUCUUUCGGGUCGAAGCAGAUUCCUGUAAUAAUUUUUCAAUAGACUCUGUAUUGGUGUUCACCUUCUGUCCCAAAUUAUUAAUACUUGUAGUAUUCAGAUCAAUUUUACCUGAUGCUUCAGCUACUUGUUUAUUAGUCUCAGCUACCUGCUUAGCUAAAUUUUCCAAAGAUUCAUUAAUUUUUCCAAGUGCAUGUGCCAAAACAUCUUCGGACGACAUAACUUUUGAUUUGACCUGUGGGGGGUGCAGCCCCUGAUGUUCCAGAUGCUCCAGAUGUUGAAGCCCUUCGCUGCUGCGCAGUAUCUGUCCGAUAGUGUCUGCCAGACCUAGUAGUUUUUCCUGCGCCAGCUCUAUCUUUCCUUUCCCAUCUGCCAUAACACUCUCAUGAGAAUUCAAGGUCGUUCCCACAGUUGAAAGUUUAUUUUGGAAUGGAAUUUUCCUCUAACCCAGUUGUUAUUGUAACACUGACCAGACUCAAAUAUGGGGACACAGUAACAGCCAAAGCUUGCAACUUUUAAGAACAAAGAUGGUCUUUAUAAGUCCCCCAAUUCACUUAAAAACAACAGUUUCAGUGCACUUGAACAGUUACUUUAAAGCCAGGAGAAGUCCAGAAACACUGUAUCUCUUCUGCAGAGUUAGCUGUCAAAAAUCCUCUGCUUACCGAUAGGCUUUCCACUGAACGGCAUUCCUUGUCUAGGGGCAGUCCGUUCCCAGGUUUUAAGCGGCAGAUUUUAGCUUCCUUUCCCCCCUUUUUUUUGCAGGUAAAAACAACUCAAACCUUCCCCCCUCCUCUCCUGCAAUCCGGAGGGGAGCCCACUUUCCAGAUGUUAAGAUUUAAGUCUUUUUUCCGAACGUCUUUCUAUGUUUCCGCUUUACAGUCUCUUUGCUUUGAUCUAUUUACAAGAAAGGAAGGCAGACUUCCUGGUUAUACCUUUCCGCUUCGGUGCCGAAUUAGCUGUUUUUUCUCCUUUUAAAUCCAAUUUAAUCCUACUCACGGGUAGUUGCUUUCAAAAUCCAAUUAUCCCAGGAAAAUGUCAGUGCUCUCCGAUAACGGCUGUGCGGCUUCACUCCGCGGAAGAAGCAGUCGACUCUCAGCACCGCGCCGCUCACCCCGUCCCGCUCCGGAGCCCUUAAAAGGGUCCCUUCGCAACUUGGGGGGGCGCAAAUGGUGCCUGCCGAGUCCCCACGUUCACAGGCUUCCCCUGCCUGUGAUUUUUAAAGGGUCCCCGCUUUGCCGCAGCAGUAAGACCCGAUCCCGCGGAGCUAGUCCCUCCGAGAAUCAGAGGGAAUCCGCCAUUAACGAUGGCGCUGACCCGGAAGAGCGUCUUGCCUGGCAAAGAGGGGAGCUGCUCUGGCUUAUUACUGUCCUUUAUGCCGCCGGGUCAGAGUGUCGUAGAGUUGGACGGGGCCCAAGAGGCCAUGUAGUCUAACCCCUUGCAAUGCUGGAGAAACAUUUAUAAACUACUUAUUAUCUCAAAAAUCUCUUAAAGAACAAAAACAAUUCUUAAAACAAAACCAAAAAACCCUAAAAACAGUAAAGCAGCAAUAUGAAAAAACCUUAAGGAAUAUAAAAGCAAGUAACAGAAAAUCAGAGGAUCCAGGCAGGCUUUAGCCUGAUGGAAGCCUGGGCAGAAGCCACUGAGGGCAAAGGGAAGGAGGGUGCCUCACAGGAUGGGGCAGCAGCAGAAGGUGCCCCCUUUGGAGCCCGUCUGCUGGGCGGCUGCCUGGUGGCCUCUGCCAGCUUGCUUUCACCAGGGCAAGCAGGGCUCUCUGGCGUCCAGGGGCAGCUUUAAGGCCUUUCAGCAAAAUGCCCCACUGCUGCUGCCCCCACAGUGGGGCAGGGGGUGGAGUGGAUGACCCUCAGGGGCCCCUUCCAAUUCUACAAUCAGAUGAUUCAUAGAAUCAUAGAAUCCUAGAGUUGGAAGAGACCCCAAGGGCCAUCGAGUCCAACCCCCUGCCAAGCAGGAAACACCAUCAGAGCACUCCUGACAUAUGGUUGUCAAGCCUCUGCUUAAAGACCUCCAAAGAAGGAGACUCCACCACACUCCUUGGCAGCAAAUUCCACUGUCGAACAGCUCUUACUGUCAGGAAGUUCUUCCUAAUGUUUAGGUGGGGAGAAGCUGCUUUCCCCCCCCCCAAGGCUCCCCCACAAGGUGCUCUGGCCGGGCAGAUGUAGGGGGGCUGGCUUGAGUCCCUGCUGAGGCAGGCUGCCCCCCCUGGCCCUGGGCCCCCACCUCCCUGGCAGGUGCCCAAUGCAGCCAGCCCCUCCAGGGCAGAGUGCGUGCCGUGGGUAUCCUUUGGCGAAGCUUCUCCUGGCCCAGGCGGCCAGCCCCUCACGCCUCCCCCUCUCUCCCUCUCUGCAGGAAAGAGGAGCCGCUGCCGGGAGGAGAGCCCACCUUGAACGGUCCGGCCUGACAGACUGCCUGGGCCCAGACGGUGGGGAUGCAGCUGGCCCUCCUUCGGACAACCUAACUUAAUUUUGAAUCACAAAUGCUGCGUUGUCGAGAGGACUGGCGCUGGAGAGCCGAGGUGCCGCGUCGGGGGGGCCACCCUGUUCCGAGAGGAGGCCCUCCCUGGGCGGAUGACAUGUAGCGCUGGCCGGGGCCGCCUCCUCCUGCCCCGCAGCACCCCUGGCGCACUCUCUGGGGAGGGCGUCCUGCCCCCCUUGUCUUCUUGCUUCCAGGAUCCAGCUUCUCUUCUGGAGGGCAAACGCUGCUCCGCGGACUCGGCCCUGGGCCUGGCAGGGCUGGCGCUGGACGGCCUGGGACAGCCUUUUGUAUAGCAAUAAUGCCUUACCGGAAGCGCUGGCUGGCGAGAGGAGGCAGGAGGGUCCCGGAGGCAGCGGCCGGAAGGCAGCGUCGUCUUGCCACACUGUUUUUCUUACUGUUUCAGGGAAGGAGGCCCUGGGAACCUCUGCUCGGCCUUGUCCGCUCUCCUUCCGGAGGCGCCACACCAGCCCCUGGGAUUGGGGCCGCUGGCGCUGGGCUCCGGGGGAGGGAGCAGCCUCCCCACAGAAGGAACUGGGGCCGGGCAUCUCCGGAGGGUUAGACAGGCUCCUGGAAGCGGGUCGGUUUCCCCAGAUGGGCUCCGCUCUGACUUGGUUUUGUUUUGUAAUGUUCUUAAUGGAUGCAGGAAUUGCAACACUUUGCACUUUGAAUCUUGCCAGCCUGGGAGGGUGGAGGCGGCGGCUCCCCUCCGGCUGGGCUCCUGUUGCUGCUGAGGGGAGGGAGAGGCUUGGCCCAAUGGCUGCUCUUGCCGGGGGGGGGGGGGGUCCUUCCUCCUCCCAGCCGUGGCAGAAGCUGGCGCCUGCCCUGUGCCCUGGGAGGGGACUUAGGAACCGCCUUCAGCCAGGGGGCAGCUGGGGGGGGGCAGCCACUCUCCGUAUAUCUUCACUGGCCGCUUGCUGGUUGCCAGCAACAGCUGAGCUGGAAAAUCAGGCACUGGGGAGACCCUGGGACUGACAAAAGCAGCUUCUAGGCUGAUUUAAAGGUCUGCCUCUGCCGUCGUUCGGGUGGGUCUCUCCCCUCAAAAAAACAAGAAACCACCAACAAUUUGCUUUUUGAAAUACUCUCCGUAAAAUGUUGGACUGUGAUGCUCCCUUAUUCUGCACAUUGUUAAAUAUUUCUACUGAGGCCCAGGGGAGCUUCCUCCUGCUUCUUCAGCCGCUCUAAUUUGGGCUUCUGUGACGUCAGGGCCCCUUGCCAUCAUCUCCUGGGGGGAAAGAGUUGUGGGAGGGGGCACCCCCCCUCCCCAUGUAGCUCAGCCUUUCAUCUGGGGGUCAGGGAUCAAUCAAAUGCAGUUGGAUUCCCUUUCUCUGAAAACCAGGCUGUGGCUACAUUGGAAAUCCUGGGAGGUGUCCUGGUCUCCUCCUCUCAAAAAGGAUUGAGGAAGAGGUAUUGUAAAUGGGCCCCCAAACCGAGUCUUUUUGGGGAGGGGCUGCCCCUGAAUAGGGAGGCGAUUCCGUCUAGCAGCUGUGGCCAAGCCCAGUGGAGCAAGAGGCCUCUGUGGCUUUGCUGCUCCUGCUGCUGCCUUUAGAGAGAGGCCCCAAAGAGGAGAGUGGGGGGGGUCUGGCACCCCUCCAGGAGUCAGCAUGGCCAGUGGUCAUCCAGGGGGUCGGCUGUGGCCCAGCGCAUACUCCCUGCCUGCAGUUUGCAGGAAGGACAUCCACGGGGGGGGGGGGCGGCUCAGAAGACGUGACUGGAGGCCAUUAUUCCAGCCUGUUAGUGGGUGCAGCUUCUCUGGAGUCUGGGGACUGACGCCCCCCCCCCAUCCUCCUUUGCUCUCGGGUUGCUUUCCUUUUUGCUGCUGCCCCCCUUCCUUGUGGAAUGAGGACUAUGGGGAGGGACAGGAUUGGGUUCUGCCCCCCUCCCCCUAGAUCCAGGCGGCCACAAGAGUACUUCAGCGUGGAACCUGUGGGCCACACACUGCCUUGUCGCUUGGGGUGGGGGGAAGUGAGGCCAAAAGUUGAGGGGGCCCCCAUCACUUUUGCUGCCUUCCCAAAUCCAGCUAAGCCAGGCAACAGGCUUUGGGGAGGAGGCAUGAGGCUCUGGCAGGUCCUAGAGCGCUCCCCCCUCCCUCCCAAAGCGGAGAACGCACUAAGGAGGCUUUGGGAAGGAGGGAGAGGACUCUAGGACCCUGUCAGAGCCCCAUGCUUCUUUCCCAAAGCCUAUCACCUCACCUGGCUUUGGGAAGGAGCAUGAGGGCCACCAAAAAAGGCCUUGAGGGCCGCAUGCCUUGGACCAUCCUGCCCUAGAGUGCUGCUCUCGUGUGCCGGGUUUGGGGCUGAAAAGUCAAGCUGAACAAAGUUUUCCCUGCGAGGGAGACUUUGGAAAGGGGUCUCCCUUGCCAGUCCAAGGGCCUCCUGCCCAAAGCACCCUCUGCCAGCAAGGGAUGGGGCGUUUGAGCCCUGGGGUGCUGGUGCAGUCCUGGUGGCAGCACCCAGCCUAAUUCUAGUAGCUUUGCCUGGCGGUUGAUUUGAGAGCAACAAGGCCAGAGGUCAAGGCUGGUCCCUGGGCCUUGCUCUCCCCAUUGAGAUGCGCCUGUAGGGCUCACAGAACAAGGCAUCCCUCAGCACCUGCGCAGCCAGGGGAUGUGGGGGGGAUGUAGAGCGUGCCGAAACCCAGUGGCAGGGGCCACGCUGGCCUGAGAGGAGCUUGCUCCUGGCCUGCAGCCAGCCGGCUGGCCCCUGAGCGCAGCCCAUUUUCUUCCUCCAUUAAUAGUGCCCCCCCUCGCCCAGCAAGGCCAGGGCUGUGAAGAGUCACAUGCCUUUUGCCCAGCACUGAAUAGUUGUGGCGUCCAGCAUGUUCCAAAUGUCCUUUGAGCAGAAACUCACAUGGGGGAUUGAAGCUGGAGAAGGAGGUGGGCAGAGGCAGUAAGAAAGAGACACUCGUGUCUUCAGAGCAUGAGCAGAGAGCCAGACCAAGACACACCCAUUAUCAGUGGUCGGCUUGGUGGCAGCAGGAAUCUCCCUCAUCUUAAGUUCUGGACUUGACAUAAGUUUGCAGUUGCAGCAACAAGCAGUUGCCUGGUAGCUUGACAGCUUCCUGAGUUGGAAGGGACCCAACGCUCAUCUAGUCCACCCCCCCCCCCAAAUGCAGGAAUCACAGCUAGAGCACCUGACAGGCGGCCACCCAAACUCUGCUUUCAAACCUCCAAGGAAGGACAGCUGGGGGGGACUUCUGCUGUUUUCCCUACGCAUGAACUGCCUUGCCGUGAACCCCCAGAAGGUCAGACUUCCCCCCUGAGGAUUGACGGCAUCUCCGAGCCCAACUGCCUGGUGGCAGCAGAAGGGUCUUGCUCCGAGACCUUUUCUCCGGGGCAGGAAAUCCUGUUGGUGUUUGUUCUGCCUUCCCUGCCCAUCUGCUCUCUUGAGCUCCCUGUGGCUUCUCCAAGAACUUCCAUUCUGUGUUUACUUCCACUCUGUGACCUCCCUUUACCCACAGCCCUGCUCUGGAGGGUGGGCUCGUUGUCUUCAAGGGCACAGAGAGUCAGGCUGGGAGGAGCCAGCCCGCCUUGCAAGGCGAGCGAUGGGCAGCCCAGCUCUGCCUGGAGGUCUGGACAGGGGGCGACUAGGCCUGGGCUGCCACAGCAGCGGAAGCACUGCUAAGGGGGGAGAGCUUAGACUCACAGCUGCUGAGCGAGACAACCCACCUCCUCCCUGUAGCCAGGGCCACUUCCUCAACUGCCAAAUUUAAACCCACCUUUUCAAAGUCCUAAUCCACAGAUUUGCAGCUGGAGCUAUUACGACAGGAUCUGUUGCAACUUUUUACAAAAGCGGUCUAUAAAACGAAAUGAAAUGUCUUCUGCCUGAAGUCUUCUUUCUUCGCUGUCCUGUUUAUUGUUCCGCCAGUUCAAGCUUUGGGGUCUGCCUGCCUUGGCUGCAGCGGCUCAGCCAGGACGGGGUCUCUGGAGGGUCUUUCACCCCGGCUCAGCCGGAGCUGCUUGGUCCAUCUUGCGCCUCUGCUGGAAGAGGGGAUGGGGGCAUUGCAGCCCCUCAGGGAAACCUGUGCCGCCCCCUCCCUCCCUUGUGGAUUUAGUCCCCACUUGGAAAGUGGAAACAGAAGCAGAAUGAACAUUUCAUGGAAAACAGCCGACCCACAUGCCAGCCUCAGGCUCCCCCUCUUCUCCAUCCAAGGUCACACUCCCAGGGCUUGCUUUGCCAUUCCCCCCCACACACACCCCCAGCGUUGUCCCCAAAUGCCGCUCCCCCCUGUGUGCCACUUCACCAGCUGGCUUCCUCAGUGUUUGGUGCCCCGUGGUUGGAGGGUAAAGAAGGCUGCUCCCCCAUGUCCACUCAGGCAGGGGAAAGUUUUCUGAGAGGAAGCCUCCAGCCCAGCAGAAAAGCUCCCAUGAGGAUGCAGAAAGGAUUUUUUUGAGGAGUAAGUAUCACUUUCAAAUUUAAAACAAUUUGAAAAUUAUUUGUAUCAGAAGCUAGGGAGACCAUGUGGCUGUCCCCUUUUUUUUGUCAGGAACAGCCUUUACCGCAAUGUCCUGCCCUUUGGUCUUGAGAGGCAGCAGUUGCCUGAGGCCUCCCUGGAAAGCAGAAUCCCGCAGGUUGGCUGUGAGUCUCUGAGACGCCUUGGUGGAAGGCAGGAGAGAGUAUUUGUGUGUUUUGUUUUUGAAGUAUAAGCCCGUUUUUUACCAUGUAGGUCUGAAAGUUGGCGUCUGUCUCAGGAGACAAUGGAGGAGGGCCUUUGGAGGUGAAGUCAAACUUGGAGGAUAGCAGCACCUGCUGUGGCUGGAGAGACCGACUUGGGAGAGAUGUUUAGUUGCAGCUGGGGCAGAUGAAGGCGGCCGCUUGUCCCAAAGUCUGGAAGUGGCAUACAAAUAUAUAAAACACAGGCAAUUUUUGGGAAGGCCGCCUUGAUAGUGGCAGCUGCCCUGUGGAACACCCUUCGGUCAGAUGUUGGGGAAAGAAACAAUUCUACAACUUGUAAAAGACAGCUGAAGGCAGCCCUAUGUGGGGAAGUUUUUAAUGUCUCAUUGUGUUGGAAGCUGCCCAGAGUGACUGGGUACAAAUGUUGUUAUUAUCCUGUGCUAAGUUCAGCGCUUUACAAAGGAAGGCUUAACCAUGACAGUCAAGCCAGCUGGGCAAUUUGCAGCUGCUGGUGUUCUGGGGCCAGUCAAGGCUGCGCUCUUGGCCCUGGAGCCGCCCCAGCAUGCCGCUGGGACCUCCCUAGACCCUCCAGCCGUUUGGGGUCAAGGGAGGUGGGGGGCGAGGAGCCGGGCAAGCUGCAAGCACUGCGUCUUCUCCAGCCAGGCAGUUUUUGCAACAGGACAGGGACAGGAAGGGUGGACAAGGUGCCCUAGAUGACCCCAUGAGGGCCCCUUGGGCUGCCUGACGUGGGCCAUCCUGGGCCAGGGAAGCAGCCGACAAGGAAGGCUUGUCUCCCUUUCCCCCCCCCCCCAAGCUCUGGGGGCAAAGCGGAGUGCGGCAGCUGGGCUUUCUCCCCAAAGGGGGGCACCAUGGCGAGGUGUCCUAGUGCUGGUCUCUUUCCAGGAGCCACAAGGGCCCCAAGCCCCAUCUGAGACACAAAAAUAGCGGGUUGCUUUAGUAACUGGCCCUUGCCUUCUAGGUUCCCCCGUCAGAGUGGAAAAGAAAAGGCAAUCGGGCAUAUAAAAAGACAAGGAAGGUUCUUACGUCUCUGAUCAUUUUUUAAGCAAAGAAAGGAGAAACACUCCCCCCCAACAAAAAGUGUUCUGCUUUUUUAGGUUUUCCUGUGCAGCAGUAAUAAAUCACACUCCACAAAUGUCAGUAGAACGUAUACAAACAUCAAUGAUGCACCACAAAACUAGGGGGAGUGAUAGCUUAAGCAACAUUUUAUCAAUCGAGGCAUCCUGUGAAAAACAGGCCUCACACAUUUUGAACAAGAUUUUGAUCACCUGCUGGGAGUCUGAGGGUCCUGCUCCUGCCUCCCCCCAGACCUAGGACAGGGCCUAGCAGACUACAAAAGGACUGCUAUUGCCCAGCAGAGAAUACUGUUUACAUUCUUUCAAACUGCUUUUAAUGCUUUUUGUUUUGUUAUUAACUGUUUUUAUGUGUUUUAUUUUUGGAGAGGGGGGGUAUUUGGCUGUUUCUGUUUAUAUUUUAUGUAUUUUGUGUUUUUAUAUUGUGAUUUUAUCUUGUGAACCGCCCUGAGACCUGUGGGUAUAGAGCGGUAUAUAAAUUAAAUAAAUUUGGCAAAAUGGCACUUCCAGUGAUUAACAGAUUUAACACAUUCUAUUCAUUGGACCAUCUGGGCCAACGUAACAAGAUAAGCUUAUCAAUCACGCUUACUGAGACCCAUUGUUUUAGAGAAACCCUGCCUGAACACUUACCUGGACGGAUUAUUGCCUAUGUGGCAUCAUGCUCCAGGGAUAUGGUAGCCAUGGUUUUCAGCCGUUCCUGACAUUUGGCUGCUGUUGCAUGCUGACAGCUUCUUGGAGCCACAGAUGAGCUGAGCGCAAGCGGGGGGGGGGGGGGGCAUUGGUAGACAAACUACCCUGGAGGAGCACAUCAUCUAUGCUGGCUUGAUCAUGCCCACAGAAUGGAGGAUAGCAGGAUCCCCAAGGACAUGCUCUAUGGGGAGCUGCCUUCCAGCACCAGCCCCAUUAGCAGGCCAACUCUGCAACAAAAAGAUUUCUGCAAACGCAGGAGGGCACAGUGCCUGGAGACAGGCAGGCAGGUACUGGAGGAUGGAUGACCCCUGGGCCAUGGUGCGGGGGCCUUCCUCUGCCCCAGCUGCAACUAAACCAGCCUCUCGCACAUCAGUCUCUACAGCCACAGCAGGUGCUGCAACCUCCCAACAAUUUGACUUCACUCCCAAAGGUGCAUUCCUCUGUUUUCCCAAGACAUGCCAACAAAGUUUCCCAGAAUACCAAUGGAUAUGGGUGAUUAUUGUAAUCACAAUAAAGCAUUCAAAAACUAUUUUAUAGAGUAUUUUAUUUAUAAAUAUACAAUUUUCUUGAGAAAGCAGAGUUAAUUUAUCACUUCUGGGCGUUAGAGGAAGUCUCCAUAGCCUGCUGUGUAAGUUGCUACAUUUUGACCAUUGACAGCUUCAUUCAGAAACUAGUGCAUUUGCCUGCUUUGCGCUCUCUGGCCACUGGAGGGACUGUGGCGCAACUGCUUUGACAGCAGAGCUUUUGACAGCUUGACUCUGGCAUUUGCAGAAUGCGAGUCUCUUGAAAGGGUCCUUUGCAGAGAGCUAUGGAUGCCUUUAUGGGGUGCUGUGCUUAUGAUAGCACACCUGUGAAACAUGCGCAGCAGCCUCCCCUCCUCCUCAGCCAUGUCUGCCUCCAGACUCAGAAGGGGCCAUGGCUGGAGGCACUAAGGGAAAUGAGGGGCACCUGCCCAGCCGGGCUUGAGCCAGGCGUCUCUCCCAACCCCAAAAAAACUUCCUUUAGGCACUUGCUUCUUUUUCUGCCUUCCUUUUUCUGCUGCAUCUGUGAAUGGAGCUGCUGGAGAGACGCAGGAAUUGUGAUUGGAUGUUUGUGUUCAAAUGUGAGUCACGUCCACUCCAGCAUCUCACAAAUCCCACCCAGGACACCCACCUUUUCUCACAGAAGGCUCAGUGCCUGAGCACCCACAUCACCAGAUGCUGCUGAAUCGGGCUCAGUUCCAGGUGGAGGGGCGCCAUAAGGUGGUACCCCUCCUUUGCACACAGAGGGUUCCCCCAGCUCAGUCCCCAGGAGCCUCUUCGGCUGAAAGGGGAGGGUGGGAAGCCAGCAAUGGAAAGACCCCCCUCCCCCAGCCACUGCCAGGCAGAGUGGACAAUACUGAGUCACAUGUUUAGCCUGAAGAGACCAAGAGAUGAGAGCUAUCUCCAUAUUCGUGGGAGGAGUCAAUGGAAGAUGGAGGAAGCGCCAGAGGGAAGAUCAGAAACCAAGGAUUCAGGUGACAAGAAAGGAGAUUCUGGCUAAAACAACAGGAAGAACUUAUGUAUACCCUAUGUUUUUAUCCUGACAAGGACUCAGUGGCUGCGUUAACAAAAGUGCAAACAUAUGUUUGUAUAUUAAAUUUUGUUUAAUACAUAUUUUAAAUCUAUUAAUUGUAUAUUUACUUGUAUAGAUUCAAUUAAAUAUAUUAUUUGUGCAGUUUAACUAUAUUGCAAACACUUUUAAUUUAUGAUAUGACAAUAUGGAAAUUUAAUUCCAUCAUGUGGCCUAUGGGGUCAGUGUCCAGGUACCCUUGCAGUCCACUUGGUCUGAGAAGUUGGACCACCCUGGUCUAUGUUAUUCAGGGCUUUGGACACUAAGUGUGCAAGAACGUGACCCGCUAGCAGAUGGGAAGCCAGUGCCGGUCUCAGGUUGCUGGCGUUCUCAUCACUGAGCAGCCACAGCAUUCUGCACCAGCUGAAGCAUCUGGGUCAGGGCCAAGGGCAGAGCAUGCAGCAGUAAUCCAGUCCUGAGGUUGCCAGCACAUGAACUAUAGUGGUCAACUGUUAUUAAGGAAUGGCUGAUAAAAAGCACACCUUGCCAUAGAGGCCACCUAAGUCUCCCAUGACAAUGAGUCAAGGACAUAGCUGCUCCUUCAAGGCAGCCAACUGGCCUGUCUCCCGCAUCCAAGCACCCCCCAACCACAGUCCCACAAGCCUCUGUUCGCCAAGGCUUCAGUCUCAGCUGACCGGCUCUCAUCCAGUUCAACUGUGUAUCCAGGAACUGGUCCUGGUCUUUCCCAGCCUUUACUAAAUCAGAUGUAAUGGGGAAACAGAGCUGGGCAGCACCAGCACACUGAGGACCCCUCCCCC